UUCCAGCCACGGCUUGGUAGGACUUUUCGCUAGUCGGACGCAUCCAGUCUGGAGUUGAACAUUGAAGAAAACGGCAGCAAAGUGCCAACUGCUCCUCAAAAAAACGUGAACCCCGAAGGGACUGUGUGUGUGAGACCAGUUAGGAAUCCAAUCAGACACGGACACAGAUACAGAUACAGAUACACCACCACAGUCGCUGCGACAAAUACACGGACACUGACGCACACACGGACAUACACUCGUGCACAUAAUAUAACACACCCUCGCACACCCUUGCACUCGUGUAUAUAUUGCUUACAUAAAGUCCAAGGAAAAAUCGAUAGGAGUGCAUUUAAAAUUCAAAGGAGUCCAGUGAAAACUCCGCGUGAGCUUUGCAAGUCUUUUUUUGUUUUUUUUGCACAGUGAAAAAAAAUUAUGACUAAUCAGUGACGACAUACUACGCGAGAGCCGCUUACACAAUUUCUCUACACCUCCGAAAAUCGUAGACGUGGAAAGGUUUUCUCAUAAGCGGACACAUUUUCCCAACUGGCAAAGAUGGUCACUGAAAAUGGAGCUCAGGGCGAUGGCAACACAUCUUUCCUGCGUGCUGCUCGCGCCGGAAAUCUGGAGCGUGUCCUCGAGCAUUUGAAGAACAACAUUGACAUCAACACCAGCAAUGCGAACGGCUUGAAUGCCUUGCACUUGGCCUCCAAGGAUGGCCACAUACAUGUCGUCUCAGAGCUACUGCGGCGCGGAGCGAUCGUGGACAGUGCCACCAAGAAGGGCAACACGGCGCUGCACAUCGCCUCGCUGGCAGGACAAGAGGAGGUGGUGAAGCUGCUGCUGGAGCACAGUGCCUCCGUCAAUGUGCAGUCGCAGAAUGGAUUCACGCCCCUCUACAUGGCGGCGCAGGAGAACCACGAUGCUGUGGUGCGCCUGCUGCUGUCCAACGGUGCCAACCAGAGCCUGGCCACCGAAGACGGCUUCACGCCGCUGGCCGUGGCCAUGCAGCAGGGCCACGAUAAGGUCGUUGCCGUUCUCCUCGAGAGUGAUACCCGGGGAAAGGUGCGUCUGCCAGCUCUGCACAUUGCAGCCAAGAAGGACGACGUGAAGGCGGCCUCCCUUCUCCUAGAUAAUGACCACAAUCCGGAUGUGACUUCCAAGUCGGGAUUCACCCCGCUGCACAUUGCCUCGCACUACGGCAACCAGAACAUAGCCAACCUGCUCAUCCAGAAGGGCGCCGACGUCAACUACUCGGCCAAGCACAACAUCAGUCCGCUGCAUGUAGCUGCCAAGUGGGGCAAGACCAACAUGGUCUCGCUCCUGCUGGAGAAGGGCGGCAACAUCGAGGCGAAGACCCGCGACGGCCUCACUCCGCUCCACUGCGCCGCCCGCUCGGGCCACGAGCAGGUGGUGGACAUGCUGCUGGAGCGCGGAGCGCCCAUUAGCGCCAAGACCAAGAACGGCUUGGCUCCCCUCCACAUGGCAGCCCAGGGCGAGCAUGUGGAUGCCGCCCGCAUUCUGCUCUACCAUCGCGCGCCCGUCGAUGAGGUCACCGUUGACUAUCUGACCGCUCUGCAUGUGGCGGCCCACUGUGGCCAUGUGCGCGUGGCCAAGCUCCUGCUGGACCGAAAUGCCGACGCCAAUGCCCGUGCCCUCAACGGGUUCACGCCACUGCACAUUGCCUGCAAGAAGAACCGAUUGAAGGUAGUGGAGCUGCUGCUCCGCCACGGUGCCAGCAUUAGCGCCACCACGGAGAGCGGCCUGACCCCGUUGCACGUGGCCGCCUUCAUGGGAUGCAUGAACAUUGUCAUCUAUUUGCUGCAGCACGACGCCAGUCCGGAUGUGCCCACUGUGCGUGGCGAGACGCCAUUGCAUCUGGCAGCGCGUGCAAAUCAGACCGACAUCAUUCGCAUUCUCCUGCGCAAUGGCGCCCAGGUGGAUGCACGUGCUCGGGAACAGCAGACUCCGCUGCACAUUGCCAGUCGACUGGGCAACGUGGACAUCGUAAUGCUGCUGCUGCAGCACGGCGCUCAGGUGGAUGCCACCACCAAGGACAUGUACACGGCGCUCCACAUCGCCGCCAAGGAGGGCCAGGACGAGGUGGCAGCCGUGCUGAUCGAGAACGGGGCUGCAUUGAAUGCCACCACGAAGAAGGGCUUCACGCCGCUGCACCUGACGGCCAAAUAUGGGCACAUCAAGAUGGCGCAGCUUCUGCUACAGAAGGAGGCUGAUGUGGACGCCCAGGGAAAGAAUGGAGUGACUCCGCUCCAUGUGGCCUGCCACUACAACAACCAGCAGGUGGCGCUGCUGCUGCUCGAGAAGGGAGCCAGCCCCCAUGCCACCGCCAAGAACGGACACACGCCGCUGCACAUUGCGGCGCGCAAGAACCAGAUGGACAUUGCCACUACUCUGCUGGAGUACGGCGCCCAGGCCAAUGCCGAGAGCAAGGCGGGGUUCACCCCGCUGCACCUGAGCAGCCAGGAGGGCCAUGCCGAGAUCUCCAACCUCUUGAUCGAGCACAAGGGAGCCUUGAAUCACCCGGCCAAGAAUGGCCUUACCCCCAUGCAUCUGUGCGCCCAGGAAGACAACGUGAAUGUGGCCGAGAUUCUGCAGCGCAACGGCGCCAGCAUCGAUAUGCCCACUAAGGCUGGGUUCACUCCCCUGCACGUCGCCUCCCACUUCGGCCAGGCCAACAUGGUGCGCUUCCUGCUGCAGAAUGGCGCCAACGUGGACGCGGCCACCUUGAUUGGCUACACCCCUCUUCAUCAGACCGCCCAGCAGGGCCAUUGCCAUAUUGUCAACCUACUGCUGGAGCACAAGGCCAAUCCAAAUGCCCAGACUGUCAACGGACAGACGGCGCUGAACAUUGCCCGAAAGCUGGGCUACAUCAGUGUCCUGGACUCGCUCAAGUCCAUCACCACAGAGGAUGAGGCAAGUGCCGCUCCAGCCCAGACCGAGGAGAAGUACCGUGUUGUUGCUCCGGAGGCCAUGCACGAGUCCUUUAUGUCCGACUCCGAGGAAGAAGGCGGUCACACAAAUUGGGAAUUGGACGCGUGCUACGAGUACGGCAUUGGCAUUGACCACAGCCAGAGUCAUCGCCCCCGGCCAGACACUCACGUCUACAUGCCGUAUUACCAGGGCGACACACUCUAUGUCACCAGCGAAGAUAAUAUGCUAUCAGAUCAACCAUACCGUUAUCUGACUGUUGAUGAAAUGAAAUCCCUAGGCGACGACUCGCUGCCCAUUGAUGUGACCCGCGAUGAGCGCAUGGACUCCAACCGCAUGACCCAGAGCGCUGAGUAUGCCGGCGGUGUGCCGCCCACAAUUGGGGAGGAGGUGAUCAGUCCCCACAAGGCGCAGGUGUACGGCAACUCGCCAAAGGCCACCGUGGAUGGUGUCUACAUUGCCAACGGACAUGGAAACGAUGAGCCACCGCACGUUGGCCGUAAACUGAGCUGGAAGAGCUUCCUGGUCUCCUUCCUGGUAGAUGCACGAGGUGGAGCCAUGCGCGGCUGUCGCCACAGCGGCGUUCGCAUGAUCAUUCCAUCGCGCUCCACCUGCCAGCCGACGCGGGUCACCUGUCGCUAUGUAAAGCCACAGCGGACCAUGCAUCCGCCGCAGUUGAUGGAGGGCGAGGCCCUGGCCAGUCGCGUGCUGGAGCUAGGUCCCUGCUCCACCAAGUUCAUUGGGCCCGUGGUCAUGGAGGUGCCGCAUUUCGCCUCGCUACGUGGCAAGGAGCGCGAGAUCAUCAUUCUGCGCUCGGACAAUGGCGAGACCUGGCGCGAGCACUCCAUCGACAACUCGGAGGAGAUCAUCCAUGAUGUCUUGCAACAGUGCUUCGAGCCAGAGGAAAUUGCCCAACUGGAGGAGCAGGCUGGCAAUCAUGUGUGCCGAUUUGUCACCUACGACUUUCCCCAGUACUUUGCCGUCGUUUCGCGCAUUCGCCAGGAAGUGCAUGCCAUCGGGCCCGAGGGCGGCAUGGUCUCCAGCACAGUGGUGCCGCAGGUGCAGGCCGUCUUCCCACAGGGAGCCCUCACCAAGAAGAUCAAAGUUGGCUUACAGGCCCAGCCGGUCGAUCCCGAUCUAACCGCCAAGCUGCUGGGUCGUGGAGUGGCCGUAUCGCCGAUAGUGACGGUCGAGCCGCGCCGCCGUAAGUUCCACAAGGCCAUCACUCUCAGUAUGCCGGCCCCGAAGGCCCACAGCCAGGGGAUGAUCAAUCAGUAUUCGGGCAACACGCCAACCCUGCGGCUGCUAUGCUCCAUCACAGGUGUGUUUCGGAAAAGGUCUCUAAAAGGCGGACCGUCCCGUGCCCAAUGGGAGGAUGUCACUGGCUCCACGCCCCUGACCUUUGUCAACGACUGUGUCUCCUUCACGACUACCGUUUCGGCUCGAUUCUGGCUAAUGGACUGCCGCAAUAUCUCCGAUGCCACCAAGAUGGCCACAGAGCUUUACAAGGAAGUCAUUCAUGUGCCCUUCAUAGCCAAGUUUGUGGUGUUCGCCAAGAAGAUUGAACCCUUCGAGGCCCGCCUGCGCGUCUUCUGCAUGACCGAUGAUCGCGAGGACAAGACUCUGGAGAAGCACGAGCUCUACACGGAAGUGGCCAAGAGUCGCGACGUGGAAGUGCUGGAAGGCAAACCGCAGUACAUUGAGAUGGCCGGUAACCUGGUGCCCGUCACCAAGUCUGGCGACCAGCUGCAGCUUCAAUUCAAGGCCUUCCGCGAGAACCGUCUGCCCUUCACGGUGCGUGUGAAGGAUCAGCAUGCGGACAUCGUGGGCCGAACCCUCUUCAUGAAGGAGCCCAAGGUUGCCAAGGGCGAGCCUCCACAGCAGCCCAUCUGCAUACUGAACAUCGUGCUGCCGGAGGCAGUGAUACCUGACUCGACCACAGCCUUCUCAGACCGCGUCACCUCCGCCUACAGAACCUCCAUGUUCAGCCUGAGCAAACACCAGAACGACCACUACAUCGGCGACAUUCGCAUUGUAGAUCUGUCCAAUCUGUUGGGCAAGGACUGGAUACAGCUGGCGCCAGAGAUCGGAAUCAACGCGGAGGAGAUCGACGAGAUCAUCAACCAAAACACCGACAGCAUAGCCAGGCAGGCUCAGAGCAUGAUCCGCCUGUACAAGGACAAGCCAAACUACGACAUCCUGUCCCUGGAGACGGCGCUCAAGAACAUCGGCCGAGAUGACAUCAUGAAAAAGUGCAAGAGUGGAAGACUCUCGCAUUCGCGCGAGUUCGACGAGACGGACAUCAUGAAGAACUCGGAAUCCGUAGAAGAGCUGGUUCGCAGAGAAAGCAAGCGAAUCCAGCAGAUCAACGAACGCGAGGAAGUCAAAUACUCUGCCGAGGAGAAGGAGGUCGAGGAGUCUGAGUCCGACGAGGAGCAGGUCAAGCGGACUGUUGCCGAGAGGCGCGAGAAGAUCGUCAAGCGCCUGUCCAUGGAGCGUUCCAUACCAGCCUCUACGCAAAAGAAGGAGAUCACCCGCGAAAUAACAGAAAUCAAGCGAAAGAGUCUCAUCGAGGAUAAGAAGGCCCAUCACGAGUCCGAGAUCCUGAUGCAACUGCCCGCCGACAAUGUGAUCAUCAAGACAGCGGCUGUCCCCGAACAGGUCAUCAAGAUGAAGAUGGGCAAGAUGGACUCGACAGAGGUGAGCAAGAGCGAGUUCGACAAGGAGCUGACGCACAAGUUCAAGUCAUCCGGCCGCAGCUCUGAGGAGGAGGAACAGCCAUCACCCGACGCCGUAGACAAGAUUGUUCAGGACAUCAGUUCUGCCGAAAAAACGGAGAAGGAUGCAGUCACCUUCAGUCGAGCCACGACCAUCACCCGCCAGGAGGCCCGGGAUAUCACCGAGGAUUUCCUAGAGAUUGAGAAACGUAGCCAACUCCCAGCGACAACUUCCACAACAGCCACAGUGCACGAGAAGUUUGUCGAGGAGGUGAAGGAGAAAAAGACUAGCCCCAUGGCCUCAGUGACGCCCGAAACUGUGAAGGAGGUCGAGCAAGUCAUUAGUGAAGUUACUGAGAUUGCCAGCAAGAAGGUGGAGAACAUUAUUAGCUCCUUUGAGAACGUCAAAACGGAGGACAAUUCCGUAAUCCUGCCCAGCCAGCCGGUGCCCGAGACAACGAAGGUCAGCGAGACCAUUAAACAUCUGCAGGACGCCAAGACAGUGGCCCAGGAGCAGGUCAAGACCGUGCAGGUCAUCGAGAGCACAACUAUCGAAGAGACAAUCGCCGAAUUCGAGGCGAAAAAGGUCAAGUACGACUUCCAUGGCGGUGAGCCAAAAACCCAAAUCCCCAAACUGGUGAGAAAGCCCAGCGAGGAGUCCAUGAAGCCCACUGCGGCCCCACGUGCUGUGGCAGAAGUAGAGGGCGACCUGACUGCCGAGAGCAAGCCCGAGAAGCCCCUCUCCAAAAUCCCAGUCAAAACUUCCGCUGCCGAUGCCCAAAAGAUUGGUGAGGUGGUGGACACACGAAAGGUGACCCACGACUUUCUGCAGGGCGAGAAGUUGGCCGCCGAGCCCAAGGCAGCGCCAGCAGCCAGCAAGAUUCCCAAGGUGGAGCCAAGAAAAUCAGUGGAUAAGCUGGAGUCGAGAGUCUUGGACGAUGUGGUGGCCUCUACCGCCAGCAUUUUGACAGCAGCAGGCCUGGGGGCAGAGGUGCCCAAAGAAAAGUCCGCUGGACAGCCAGAAAUUGCCUCCAAGGCAGAAACCCUCACCGAAAAGGUUUCUGAAUUGAUUGACACAUUCCACAAGGUCGAGGAGAAGAUUGUGAAGUCUGAGAAGCAUUCAGAGAUUGCCAGAAAAAUGGAGAAGACAGUCACGAUUGAAGAAAAGCCCAUCGCCCACGUGCGGCCUGAAGAGGACAAGGUGGCGGAAAAGAUAGCCGAAGUAGUCGAAACAUUCCACAAGAUCGAAGAGAACAUAGCUACCGCUGACACACGCAAGCUCACCCACGAUUUCCUCAGCAUGGAGCAGCAAAGCCAACUGCCGAGCAUGCCAAAAGCCUCCGAGCCACCUCUCGAAUUCAGCCUGACAUCGAUAUCAACAUCGGAGCCAGAGUCGGUGAUCUCAGUAAAACCAUCGCCGCCUGCGAGCAAGAUACCUGUGGUGGAGCCCAGGAAGACACUGAUCGAGGAAGCUGUAAAGCUCACGGAGCCACCCGCAAAGCCUCUGAUCGAGGAAACUGUAAAACCCACUGUGGAGCAGCCUAAGGAGGUUCUGCAUGAGCGCCAGCUAACCGCCGAUUUCCUGAGCAUGGAGCAGCAGACACAGCUACAGUCUCUUCCGGCAAAAGCCCUGGUUGAGGAAGUUGUCAAGACCGCUGAGCAGCUGGUAGUGCAGAAAAAGGAUAAGGAGUCGGAGGCAUCGAAAGCCCUGAUUGAGGAAGCAGUGAAACCAAUUGAGCAGCUAACCAAGCAGAAGGAGCCACUGCACGAGCGUCAGUUAACCGCGGACUUCCUGAGCAUGGAACAGCAGACGCAGCUGCAUCCAGUAACCAUUAAAUCAUCAGUAGUGCCAGAAAGCAUCGAUUCGAAAGUGCUGCCAGAAAAGCUGUCUAAAGGCGAUGGCAUUGAGUCGGCGGCACCGAUCGGAGAUGCUUCGCUCUUCCAAACACCCAAGCCGGAGCUCGCUUUCGUUGACAAGGAGCCGGAAAGUCUGCCGAGUGUGGUCCAGGAACUUUCUGAGUACGAUACCUUUGAAAAACGAGCCACCGUUCCAUUGAGCGAUUCAAUCAGAGAGGAGGGUCUCAGUGCUCCCCUGUCCAUGGAGCCUAGAAAAUCCCUGACCGAUGCCGAGUUCUGCAAGUCUGUGGGCGAAACGAUUAGCAAGAAGAUGAGCGCAGGAGUCAUUGAGAUAUCUGAUCAGCUCAAGCAAAUCGCGAGCGACAUUCCAGACUCUCAGACUCCGCCGCCCACGCCCAGCGACACGAAGAUCGAUAAGCAGAACGAGGAGCCGGAGUUGAUUAGCUUGGAGCGUGAUUAUCUCGGCGACAAUGUGACCACUCUGCACACGACCACAGAGUCGACGUUUGAGCGCGUCUCUGCCAUAACAAAAAUAGAGCACUUCAGUGUUCAUAAUGUAAAAACCGAAACAUUUACAAGAACCGAUGAACCUGAAAAGCUGCUUCCUAGUAUGGCAGUCUCCCCCGAUAUCCACAAAAUGUAUUCACCAGACACUACCUCAUUUCCAGAAAUGAGCACAAGUAGUCAAACACCGAAGAUGACAGCACCCACAACCACAACGACGACGACGACUGUGACAACGCAAAUAGAUCGCACAAAGGUAGAUCUGACUGUGCCUGAGAAGGGACAGCAUCAGCAGAAGGAUCAAGAGAAUCAGGAGAUAAAGGAGAAGCCACAGCCAGAGGAUACAGUGAUAGAAGCAGAUACAGAUAGAUCUUCCAGUGAUAGGGAGUACUUAGAGCAAAUUAUGGCCUGUGGCGACGUUAGACGCAAAAUAGAGCGUUUGGAGAGCACCGCCAGCUCAGAGACAGAGACCGCCGAGUGUCAGCCGAGUGUGGCUCCCAAGUACAUAGGCGACAAUGUACCGGUGGUGAAGGAGGUGGUGCAGAGCAUUGAGGAGAAGAUCUGCGGUACAGUGGUGUCGGCUAUUCCCUUUAUAGUGCAAAAGAGGCAGCCGCACGAAGAGAAAAAGGAACCAGACGUGGCAGAGGUAGAGAAGCAAAUACUUACGCCAUCAGAUUUGGCGCUGGAGCAAUUGAUUAAGUGGGAGCUGCCACCAGAGGUAGUGAAGCUGUCCCCCAUCGAGGCCAUGGCUUCUGGCUUGCAGGAGAUUCAGGAAGAAGUUUGCGAGAAGGUUUGCAAGAAGAGGAAGGCCUUUGAGGUGGCCGAAGACUUAAGUGAAACGGAAAAGACUUUACCAGAACAGGAACUAGGCUUAGAUAAAAAAGUAGAACAGGUACCUGGAAAGAUUUUAACCGAGGCCAUUGAUCAGCACAUAGACUUAGUAGGUAAGGAACCUUUGGAGGCACUGCCAAAGGUAAGGGAAGUAGUACAGGACAUCGAACGCCGAUAUCCCACAGCGGUCUUAGAGGCCAAGCCAUUUAGUCCCCGAAAAAUAGGUGCCAAGGACUGUCAGGCUGAUGUUAUUUCUAUAGAGCAGCAGAUUUUAAGCGACACUGAUAUGGUUCUAGAAGGAUUAGGCUCCAAGCGUAUUCCCGAACAGAAGGUAGUUUCCCCUGUUUUUGCCUUGGCCAAGACGAGCCCCAGUAUUGAAAACCUCGAAGAAGUCUGUGAAAAGACAUGCUCAAAGCGCACAAUCUCAGUCAUGGCAAAGGAUUUCGUAAAGCAGCCAGAAAUCGAACCCCUGCCAGCAGGGGACGAUGUAAAAUCAACAACAGCCAAGUUUCUCGAGCGGGAGGCUAUCAGGUACGAUGUGGCUGAGAGCAUCAAGGAGUUCGAGGGCAAGAGUGUGGUACAGGAGUGUCUGACUGGGGUGGCAGAGAGUCAAAUUAGAAGGUUAACAGAAUGUGAUAUUGCAGACUUUCCAGUAGAGGUGACUAAGGAGACUAGACUUGUAGAAUUCCCCAAAAUUGCACACACCCUUGAACGAUUGCAUUCCAUUUCCAAAAGCGACAUCAAAGACACUAAAGAGUUCAUGCACGCAGUUGGCGACUAUGAGGAUAAGCUGAGCGAAAUAAUUGUCCAUGAUGCUCACUCACGAACUCAAACGGAUAGUCAGAACUUAGAAAAAGAGACAACCGAUAGGUUUCCUAUACACGAUAAAAUAGUCGAGCUUCAAACCCACCAGAACCUGGUCUUAAAGACCUCGGAAAUGGCCCAAAUGACUGACAAUACAAAGAAUAAGUUCCCAUCUGAUGCGAAACCAGCAUCAGAUACAAUACUAGUAGAAAGCGACAGUGAUGAAGAGCUUGACAAAGAAAAACUCAAAAAACUAAAGCAUUUAUCAACCAUAGAGUCAGAAUCUACUAUAGAGGCAACUAAGAAAUAUAUUUACUCUUCCAAUUACGAAGAAACGGUUACUCAAUCGAAUGAAUCCGUUAAGUUUCCUACUGCGAAAGAUUCUUUUGGCGACAAAUAUGGCAUAGAAGAUGGGAGAUCAACUGUCAAAACUGAGGAUAAGCCCACAGCAAUUCUUGAAUCGAUAGGCAACGCAUACGACAGUAUGAUCUUUCAGUAUGACAUCCCAGUUCUUGAAAAAAUUCCUUCAGCACCUCAAAUGGAAAUACCUGAUCACGCAACAUCGCAUGAAAUGGCAUUAAGGUCAAGAACUGCUAUUGAGUUCACGGAACAACAAAGUUACUGCUCAACUCAAAAAAAUAUUACAAACAUUGUCGCGCAAAAGUCCAACUUGAUAACAAGUUCAAGCACUGCCGAAAAACCUAAACUAACUGACUCGAAGGACGAUAAACCCAUUGACUUGAAAGACGAUAAGGUCCCAACUGAACCCCAGGAUAAGCCCAAGUCCCCUCUUGACUCAGUUAAGUCUAGUCUCAUUGUGUAUUCAGUCGAUGAAAGUGAUGAGGACUAUGUUCUUCCUAGACCCCAAGAAAAGUCACUCCCUUCGGUUGUUCCUUCUGUCAUUGCUGGAGAUAAAUCUCCGCUUAAACCUGAAGAUACAAAAACACCAGUUGACUUGAAAGACGAUAAGCUCCCAGUGAAACACCAGGAUAAACCCAAGUCCCCUCUGGAUUCAUUUAAGCCAAGUCAUACGGUGUAUUCAGACGAAGAAAGCGAUGAGGAAUAUGGUGUUUCUAGAUCCCCAGAAAAGCCCGCUAGUCAGCCAAUUCAAUCGGCUGGUGCUUCUGUAGUUGCUGGAGAUAAAUCUCCCCUUAAAGACAUCAUUAAACAAGAAACGGUGACUGAGUUCAAGGCAGAAGAAUUUGCAAGUUCUACUAAAACAGCAAUUGCCACCGUUGUCUCAAAGACUUCCGAUUUGAUCCCAAGUUCAUUCACUGACGACAAACCUAAGCUAACUGACUUGAAGGGCGAUAAGCCCAUUGACUUGAAAGACGAUAAGGUCCCAGCUAAACACCAGGAUAAACCCAAGUCCCCUCUUGACCCUGUUAAGUCUAGUCUCAUAGUGUAUUCAGACGAUGAAAGUGACGAGGAAUAUGGUUUUCCUAGACCCCAAGAAAAUCCCGCUUGUCAGCCAAUUCCAUCAGUUGUUCCAUCUCUCGUUGCUUUAGAUAAAUCUCCGCUUAAACCUGAAGAGAAACCAGCAUCAGCUGUCUUGAAAGACGAUAAGAUCCCAGCUAAACCCGAAGACAAACCCAAGUCCCCUCUGGACUCAGUAAAAAGCGAUGAGGAAUAUGGUGUUCCUAGAUCCCCAGAAAAGCCCGCUAGUCAGCCAAUUCAAUCGGCUGGUGCUUCUGUAGUUGCUGGAGAUAAAUCUCCCCUUACAGACAUCAUUAAACAAGAAACGGUGACUGAGUUCAAGGCAGAAGAAUUUGCAAGUUCUACUAAAACAACAAUUGCCACCGUUGUCUCAAAGACUUCCGAUUUGAUCCCAAGUUCAUUCACUGACGACAAACCUAAGCUAACUGACUUGAAGGGCGAUAAGCCCAUUGACUUGAAAGACGAUAAGGUCCCAGCUAAACACCAGGAUAAACCCAAGUCCCCUCUUGACUCAGUUAGGUCUAGUCUCAUAGUGUAUUCAGACGAUGAAAGUGAUGAAGAAUAUGGUGUUCCUAGACCCCAAGAAAAGCCCGCUAGUCAGCCAAUUCCAUCAGCUGAUCCAUAUCUCGUUGCUGGAGAUAAAUCUUCGCUUAAACCUGAAGAGAAACCAGCACCAGUUGUCUUGAAAGACGAUAAGAUCCCAGUAAAACCCGAAGACAAACCCAAGUCCCCCCUGGAUUCAGUUAAGCCCAGUCGUACAGUGUAUUCAGAAGAUGAAGGUGAUGAGGACUAUGUUGUUCCUAGACUCCAAGAAAAGCCAUUCCCGUCGGUUGUUUCUUCUGUUCUUGCUGGUGAUAGAUCUCCGCUUAAAGACAUCCUUAAACAAGAAACGUUGACUGAGUUCAAGGCAGAAGAAUUUGCAAGUGUCACCAAAACAAAUAUUGCAACUGUGGUCUCGAAGACUUCCGAUUUGAUUACAAGUUCAUUCACUGACGACAAACCUAAACUAACUGACUUGGAGGACGAUAAGCCCAUUGACUUGAAAGACGAUAGGGUCCAAGCUAACCACGAGGAUAAACCCAAGUCCCCUCUGGACUCAGUUAAGUCUAGUCUCAUAGUGUAUUCAGACGAUGAAAGUGAUGAAGAAUUUGUUGUUCCUAGACCCCAAGAAAAGCCCGCUAGUCAGCACAUUCCAUCAGUUGUUCCAUCUUUCGUUACUGGAGAUAAAUCUUCGCUUAAUCCUGAAGAGAAACCAGCACCAGUUGUCUUGAAAGACGAUAAGAUCCCAGCAAAACCCGAAGACAAACCCAAGUCCCCCCUGGAUUCAGUUAAGCCCAGUCGUACAGUGUAUUCAGAAGAUGAAGGUGAUGAGGACUAUGUUGUUCCUAGACUCCAAGAAAAGCCAUUCCCGUCGGUUGUUUCUUCUGUUCUUGCUGGUGAUAGAUCUCCGCUUAAAGACAUCCUUAAACAAGAAACGUUGACUGAGUUCAAGGCGGAAGAAUUUGCAAGUGUCACCAAAACAAAUAUUGCAACUGUGGUCUCGAAGACUUCCGAUUUGAUUACAAGUUCAUUCACUGACAACAAACCUAAGCUAACUGACUUGAAGGGCGAUAAGCCCAUUGACUUGAAAGACGAUAAGGUCCCAGCUAAACACCAGGAUAAACCCAAGUCCCCUCUUGACUCAGUUAGGUCUAGUCUCAUAGUGUAUUCAGACGAUGAAAGUGAUGAAGAAUAUGGUGUUCCUAGACCCCAAGAAAAGCCCGCUAGUCAGCCAAUUCCAUCAGCUGAUCCAUAUCUCGUUGCUGGAGAUAAAUCUUCGCUUAAACCUGAAGAGAAACCAGCACCAGUUGUCUUGAAAGACGAUAAGAUCCCAGCAAAACCCGAAGACAAACCCAAGUCCCCCCUGGAUUCAGUUAAGCCCAGUCGUACAGUGUAUUCAGAAGAUGAAGGUGAUGAGGACUAUGUUGUUCCUAGACUCCAAGAAAAGCCAUUCCCGUCGGUUGUUUCUUCUGUUCUUGCUGGUGAUAGAUCUCCGCUUAAAGACAUCCUUAAACAAGAAACGGUGACUGAGUUCAAGGCAGAAGAAUUUGCAAGUUCUACUAAAACAGCAAUUGCCACCGUUGUCUCAAAGACUUCCGAUUUGAUCCCAAGUUCAUUCACUGACGACAAACCUAAGCUAACUGACUUGAAGGGCGAUAAGCCCAUUGACUUGAAAGACGAUAAGGUCCCAGCUAAACACCAGGAUAAACCCAAGUCCCCUCUUGACCCUGUUAAGUCUAGUCUCAUAGUGUAUUCAGACGAUGAAAGUAACGAGGAAUAUGGUUUUCCUAGACCCCAAGAAAAUCCCGCUUGUCAGCCAAUUCCAUCAGUUGUUCCAUCUCUCGUUGCUUUAGAUAAAUCUCCGCUUAAACCUGAAGAGAAACCAGCAUCAGCUGUCUUGAAAGACGAUAAGAUCCCAGCUAAACCCGAAGACAAACCCAAGUCCCCUCUGGACUCAGUAAAAAGCGAUGAGGAAUAUGGUGUUCCUAGAUCCCCAGAAAAGCCCGCUAGUCAGCCAAUUCAAUCGGCUGGUGCUUCUGUAGUUGCUGGAGAUAAAUCUCCCCUUACAGACAUCAUUAAACAAGAAACGGUGACUGAGUUCAAGGCAGAAGAAUUUGCAAGUUCUACUAAAACAACAAUUGCCACCGUUGUCUCAAAGACUUCCGAUUUGAUCCCAAGUUCAUUCACUGACGACAAACCUAAGCUAACUGACUUGAAGGGCGAUAAGCCCAUUGACUUGAAAGACGAUAAGGUCCCAGCUAAACACCAGGAUAAACCCAAGUCCCCUCUUGACUCAGUUAGGUCUAGUCUCAUAGUGUAUUCAGACGAUGAAAGUGAUGAAGAAUUUGUUGUUCCUAGACCCCAAGAAAAGCCCGCUAGUCAGCACAUUCCAUCAGUUGUUCCAUCUUUCGUUACUGGAGAUAAAUCUUCGCUUAAUCCUGAAGAGAAACCAGCACCAGUUGUCUUGAAAGACGAUAAGAUCCCAGCAAAACCCGAAGACAAACCCAAGUCCCCCCUGGAUUCAGUUAAGCCCAGUCGUACAGUGUAUUCAGAAGAUGAAGGUGAUGAGGACUAUGUUGUUCCUAGACUCCAAGAAAAGCCAUUCCCGUCGGUUGUUUCUUCUGUUCUUGCUGGUGAUAGAUCUCCGCUUAAAGACAUCCUUAAACAAGAAACGUUGACUGAGUUAGAGGCGGAAGAAUUUGCAAGUGUCACCAAAACAAAUAUUGCAACUGUGGUCUCGAAGACUUCCGAUUUGAUUACAAGUUCAUUCACUGACGACAAACCUAAACUAACUGACUUGGAGGACGAUAAGCCCAUUGACUUGAAAGACGAUAGGGUCCAAGCUAUGCACGAGGAUAAACCCAAGUCCCCUCUGGACUCAGUUAAGUCUAGUCUCAUAGUGUAUUCAGACGAUGAAAGUGAAGAGGAAUAUGGUGAUCCUAGACCCCAAGGAAAGCUCGCUAGUCAGCUAAUUCCAUCAGCUGAUCCAUAUCUCGUUGCUGGAGAUAAAUCUCCUCUUAAACCUGGAGAGAAAUCAGCACCAGUUGUCUUGAAAGACGAUAAGAUCCCAGCUAAACCCGAAGACAAACCCAAGUCCCCUCUGGAGUCAGUAAAAAGCGAUGAGGAAUAUAGUGUUCCUAGACCCCAAGAAAAUCCCGUUAGUCAGCCAAUUCCAUCAGUUGUUUCAUCUCUCGUUGCUGGGGAUAAGUCUCCGCUUAAAACUGAAGAGAAACCAGCAUCAGCUGACUUGAAAGAAGAUAAGAUCCCAGCUAAACCCGAAGACAAACCCAAGUCCCCUCUGGAUUCAGUUAAGCCCAGUCCUACGAUGCAUUCAGAUGAUGAAAGCGAUGAAGAAUUUGGUGAGCGUAUACCCCAAGAACAGCCACUCCCUUCGUUUGUUCCUUCUGUAGUUUCUGGAGAUAAAUCUCCUCUUAAAGACAUCCCUAAACUAGAAACGGUGACUGUAUCCAAGGCAGAAGAAUUUGCAAGCUAUACUAAAACAAAUAUUGCCACUGUGGUCUCGAAGACUUCCGAUUUGAUUACAAGUUCAUUCACUGACGACAAACCCAAACUAACUGACUUGGAGGACGAUAAGCCCAUUGACUUGAAAGGCGAUAGGGUCCAAGCUAUGCACGAGGAUAAACCCAAGUCCCCUCUGGACUCAGUUAAGUCUAGUCUCAUAGUGUAUUCAGACGAUGAAAGUGAUGAAGAAUUUGUUGUUCCUAGACCCCAAGAAAAGCCCGCUAGUCAGCACAUUCCAUCAGUUGUUCCAUCUUUCGUUACUGGAGAUAAAUCUCCGCAUCAACUUGAAGAGAAACCAGCACCAGUUGUCUUGAAAGACGAUAAGAUCCCACCUAAGCCCGAUGACAAACCCAAGUCCCCUCUGGACUCAGUAAAACCCAGUCGUACAGUGUAUUCAGAAGAUGAAGGUGAUGAGGAGUAUGUUGUUCCUAGACUCCAAGAAAAGCCAUUCCCGUCGGUUGUUUCUUCUGUUCUUGCUGGUGAUAGAUCUCCGCUUAAAGACAUCCUUAAACAAGAAACGUUGACUGAGUUCAAGGCAGAAGAAUUUGCAAGUGUCACCAAAACAACUAUUGCAACUGUGGUCUCGAAGACUUCCGAUUUGAUUACAAGUUCAUUCACUGACGACAAACCUAAACUAACUGACUUGGAGGACGAUAAGCCCAUUGACUUGAAAGACGAUAGGGUCCAAGCUAAGCACGAGGAUACACCCAAGUCCGCUCUUGACUCAGUUAAGUCUAGUCUCAUAGUGUAUUCAGACGAUGAAAGUGAUGAAGAAUAUGGUGUUCCUAGACCCCAAGAAAAGCCCGCUAGUCAGCCAAUUCCAUCAGUUGUUCCAUCUCUCAUUGCUGGAGAUAAAUCUCCGCUUAAAACUGAAGAGAAACCAGCAUCAGCUGACUCGAAAGAAGAUAAGAUCCCAGCUAAAGCCGAAGACAAACCCAAGUCCCCUCUGGAUUCAGUUAAGCCCAGUCCUACGAUGUAUUCAGAUGAUGAAAGCGAUGAAGAAUUUGGUGAACGUAUACCCCAAGAACAGCCACUCCCUUCGUUUGUUCCUUCUGUAGUUUCUGGAGAUAAAUCUCCUCUUAAAGACAUCCUUCAACUAGAAACGGUGACUGAGUUCAAGGCAGAAGAAUUUGCAAGUUCUACUAAAAAGAAUAUUGCCACUGCGGUCUCGAAGACUUCCGAUUUGAUUACAAGUUCAUUCAGUGACGACAAACCCAAAUUAACUGUCCAAGUCAGACCCCAAGAAAAGCCACUCCCUUCGUUUGUUUCUUCUGUAGUUUCUGGUGAUAAAUCUCCUCUUAAAGACAUCCUUAAACUAGAAACGGUGACUGUAUUCAAGGCAGAAGAAUUUGCAAGCUAUACUAAAACAAAUAUUGCCACUGUGGUCUCGAAGACUUCCGAUUUGAUUACAAGUUCAUUCACUGACGACAAACCCAAACUAACUGACUUGGAGGACGAUAAGCCCAUUGACUUGAAAGACGAUAGGGUCCAAGCUAUGCACGAGGAUAAACCCAAGUCCCCUCUGGACUCAGUUAAGUCUAGUCUCAUAGUGUAUUUAGACGAUGAAAGUGAAGAGGAAUAUGGUGAUCCUAGACCCCAAGGAAAGCUCGCUAGUCAGCUAAUUCCAUCAGCUGAUCCAUAUCUCGUUGCUGGAGAUAAAUCUCCUCUUAAACCUGGAGAGAAAUCAGCACCAGCUGUCUUGAAAGACGAUAAGAUCCCAGCUAAACCCGAAGACAAACCCAAGUCCCCUCUGGAGUCAGUAAAAAGCGAUGAGGAAUAUAGUGUUCCUAGACCCCAAGAAAAUCCCGUUAGUCAGCCAAUUCCAUCAGUUGUUUCAUCUCUCGUUGCUGGGGAUAAGUCUCCGCUUAAAACUGAAGAGAAACCAGCAUCAGCUGACUUGAAAGAAGAUAAGAUCCCAGCUAAACCCGAAGACAAACCCAAGUCCCCUCUGGAUUCAGUUAAGCCCAGUCCUACGAUGCAUUCAGAUGAUGAAAGCGAUGAAGAAUUUGGUGAGCGUAUACCCCAAGAACAGCCACUCCCUUCGUUUGUUCCUUCUGUAGUUUCUGGAGAUAAAUCUCCUCUUAAAGACAUCCCUAAACUAGGAACGGUGACUGUGUCCAAGGCAGAAGAAUUUGCAAGCUAUACUAAAACAAAUAUUGCCACUGUGGUCUCGAAGACUUCCGAUUUGAUUACAAGUUCAUGUACUGACGAAAAACCUAAACUAACUGACUUGGAGGACGAUAAGCCCAUUGACUUGAAAGACGAUAGGGUCCAAGCUAAGCACGAGGAUAAACCCAAGUCCCCUCUUGACGCAGUUAAGUCUAGUCUCAUAGUGUAUUCAGACGAUGAAAGUGACGAGGAAUAUGGUUUUCCUAGACCCCAAGAAAAGCCCGCUUGUCAGCCAAUUCCAUCAGUUGUUCCAUCUCUCGUUGCUUUAGAUAAAUCUCCUCUUAAACCUGAAGAGAAACCAGCACCAGUUGUCAUAAAGGACGAUAAGAUCCCAGCUAAACCCGAAGACAAACCCAAGUCCCUUCUAAAUUCAGUUAAGCCCAGUCCUACGAUGUAUUCAGAUGAUGAAAGUGAUGAAGAAUUUGGUGAACGUAUUCCCCAAGAACAGCCACUCCCUUCGUUUGUUUCUUCUGUAGUUUCUGGAGAUAAAUCUCCUCUUAAAGACAUUCUUAAACUAGAAACGGUGACUGAUUUCAAGGCUGAAGAAUUUGCAAGUUCCACUAAAACAAAUAUUGCCACUGUGGUCUCGAAGACUUCCGAUUUGAUUACAAGUUCAUUCACUGACGACAAACCUAAACUAACUGACUUGGAGGACGAUAAGCCCAUUGACUUGAAAGACAAUAGGGUCCAAGCUAAGCACGAGGAUAAACCCAAGUCCCCUCUUGGCUCAGUUAAGUCUAGUCUCAUAGUGUAUUCAGACGAUGAAAGUGAAGAGGAAUAUGGUGAUCCUAGACCCCAAGGAAAGCCCGCUAGUCAGCCAAUUCCAUCAGCUGAUCCAUAUCUCGUUGCUGGAGAUAAAUCUCCGCUUAAACCUGAAGAGAAACCAGCACCAGUUGUCUUAAAAGACGAUAAGAUCCCAGCUAAGCCCGAAGACAAACCCAAGUCCCCUCUGGACUCAGUAAAAAGCGAUGAGGAAUACGGGGUUCCUAGACCCCAAGAAAAGCCCGCUAGUCAGCCAAUUCCAUCAGUUGUUCCAACUCUCGUUGCUAUAGAUAAAUCUCCGCUUAAACCUGAAGAGAAACCAGCAUCAGCUGUCUUGAAAGACGAUAAGAUCCCAGCUAAACCCGAAGACAAACCCAAGUCCCCUCUGGACUCAGUAAAAAGCGAUGAGGAAUAUGGUGUUCCUAGACCCCAAGAAAAGCCCGCUAGUCAGCCAAUUCCAUCAGUUGUUCCAUCUCUCGUUGCUGGAGAUAAAUCUCCGCUUAAAACUGAAGAGAAACCAGCAUCAGCUGACUUGAAAGAAGAUAAGAUCCCAGCUAAAGCCGAAGACAAACCCAAGUCCCCUCUGGAUUCAGUUAUGCCCAGUCCAACGACGUAUUCAGAUGAUGAAAGCGAUGAAGAAUUUGGUGAACGUAUACCCCAAGAACAGCCACUCCCUUCGUUUGUUUCUUCUGUAGUUUCUGGAGAUAAAUCUCCUCUUAAAGACAUUCUUAAACUAGAAACGGUGACUGAUUUCAAGGCAGAAGAAUUUGCAAGUUCCACUAAAACAAAUAUUGCCACUGUGGUCUCGAAGACUUCCGAUUUGAUUACAAGUUCAUUCACUGACGACAAACCUAAACUAACUGACUUGGAGGACGAUAAGCCCAUUGACUUGAAAGACGAUAGGGUCCAAGCUAUGCACGAGGAUAAACCCAAGUCCCCUCUGGACUCAGUAAAAAGCGAUGAGGAAUAUGGGGUUCCAAGACCCCAAGAAAAGCCCGCUAGUCAGCCAAUUCCAUCAGUUGUUCCAACUCUCGUUGCUUUAGAUAAAUCUUCGCUUAAACCUGAAGAGAAACCAGCAUCAGCUGUCUUGAAAGAAGAUAAGAUCUCAGCAAAACCCGAAGACAAACCCAAGUCCCCUCUGGACUCUGUAAAAAGCGAUGAGGAAUAUGGUGUUCCUAGACCCCAAGAAAAGCCUGCUAGUCAGCCAAUUCCAUCAGUUGUUCCAUCUCUCGUUGCUGGAGAUAAAUCUCCGCUUAAAACUGAAGAGAAACCAGCAUCAGCUGACUUGAAAGAAGAUAAGAUCCCAGCAAAACCCGAAGACAAACCCAAGUCCCCUCUGGACUCAAUAAAAAGCGAUGAGGAAUAUGGUGUUCCUAGACCCCAAGAAAAGCCUGCUAGUCAGCCAAUUCCAUCAGUUGUUCCAUCUCUCGUUGCUGGAGAUAAAUCUUCGCUUAAAACUGAAGAGAAACCAGCAUUAGCUGACUUGAAAGACGAUAAGAUCCCAGCUAAACCCGAAGACAAACCCAAGUCCCCUCUGGACUCCGUAAUAAGCGAUGAGGAAUAUGGUGUUCCUAGACUCCAAGAAAAGCCCGCUAGUCAGCCAAUUCCAUCAGUUGUUCCAUCUCUCGUUGCUGGAUAUAAAUCUCCGCUUAAAACUGAAGAGAAACCAGCAUCAGCUGACUUGAAAGAAGAUAAGAUCCCAGCUAAAGCCGAAGACAAACCCAAGUCCCCUCUGGAUUCAGUUAAGCCCAGUCCAACGACGUAUUCAGAUGAUGAAAGCGAUGAAGAAUUUGGUGAGCGUAUACCCCAAGAACAGCCACUCCCUUCGUUUGUUCCUUCUGUAGUUUCUGGAGAUAAAUCUCCUCUUAAAGACAUCCCUAAACUAGAAACGGUGACUGUGUCCAAGGCAGAAGAAUUUGCAAGUUCCACUAAAACAAAUAUUGCCACUGUGGUCUCGAAGACUUCCGAUUUGAUUACAAGUUCAUUCACUGACGACAAACCUAAACUAACUGACUUGGAGGACGAUAAGCCCAUUGACUUGAAAGACGAUAGGGUCCAAGCUAAGCACGAGGAUACACCCAAGUCCUCUCUUGACUCAGUUAAGUCUAGUCUCAUAGUUUAUUCAGAUGAUGUAAGUGAUGAGGAAUAUGGUGUUCCUAGACCCCAAGAAAAGCCCGCUAAUCAGCCAAUUCCAUCAGCUGAUCCAUAUCUCGUUGCUGGAGAUAAAUCUCCGCUUAAACCUGAAGAGAAACCAGCACCAGUUGUCUUGAAAGACGAUAAGAUCCCAGCUAAGCCCGAAGACAAACCCAAGUCCCCUCUGGACUCAGUAAAAAGCGAUGAGGAAUACGGGGUUCCUAGACCCCAAGAAAAGCCCGCUAGUCAGCCAAUUCCAUCAGUUGUUCCAUCUCUCGUUGCUUUAGAUAAAUCUCCUCUUAAACCUGAGGAGAAACCAGCACCAGUUGUCUUGAAAGACGAUAAGAUCCCAGCAAAACCCGAAGACAAACUCAAGUCCCCUCUGGACUCAGUAAUAAGCGAUGAGGAAUAUGGUGUUCCUACACCCCAAGAAAAGCCCGCUAGUCAGCCAAUUCCAUCAGUUGUUCCAUCUCUCGUUGCUGGAGAUAAAUCUCCGCUUAAAACUGAAGAGAAACCAGCACCAGUUGUCUUGAAAGACGAUAAGAUCCCAGCUAAACCUGAAGACAAACCCAAGUCCCCUCUGGACUCAGUAAUAAGCGAUGAGGAAUAUGGUGUUCCUAGACUCCAAGAAAAGCCCGCUAGUCAGCCAAUUCCAUCAGUUGUUCCAUCUCUCGUUGCUGGAUAUAAAUCUCCGCUUAAAACUGAAGAGAAACCAGCACCAGUUGUCUUGAAAGACGAUAAGAUCCCAGCAAAACCCGAAGACAAACCCAAGUCCCCUCUGGAUUCAGUUAAGCCCAGUCGUACAGUGUAUUCAGAAGAUGAAGGUGAUGAGGACUAUGUUGUUCCUAGACUCCAAGAAAAGCCAUUCCCGUCGGUUGUUUCUUCUGUUCUUGCUGGUGAUAGAUCUCCGCUUAAAGACAUCCUUAAACAAGAAACGUUGACUGAGUUCAAGGCAGAAGAAUUUGCAAGUGUCACCAAAACAACAAUUGCCACCGUUGUCUCAAAGACUUCCGAUUUGAUCCCAAGUUCAUUCACUGACGACAAACCUAAGCUAACUGACUUGAAGGGCGAUAAGCCCAUUGACUUGAAAGACGAUAAGGUCCCAGCUAAACACCAGGAUAAACCCAAGUCCCCUCUUGACUCAGUUAAGUCUAGUCUCAUAGUGUAUUCAGACGAUGAAAGUGAUGAAGAAUAUGGUGUUCCUAGACCCCAAGAAAAGCCCGCUAGUCAGCCAAUUCCAUCAGCUGAUCCAUAUCUCGUUGCUGGAGAUAAAUCUUCGCUUAAACCUGAAGAGAAACCAGCACCAGUUGUCUUGAAAGACGAUAAGAUCCCAGCAAAACCCGAAGACAAACCCAAGUCCCCCCUGGAUUCAGUUAAGCCCAGUCGUACAGUGUAUUCAGAAGAUGAAGGUGAUGAGGACUAUGUUGUUCCUAGACUCCAAGAAAAGCCAUUCCCGUCGGUUGUUUCUUCUGUUCUUGCUGGUGAUAGAUCUCCGCUUAAAAACAUCCUUAAACAAGAAACGUUGACUGAGUUAGAGGCAGAAGAAUUUGCAAGUGUCACCAAAACAACUAUUGCAACUGUGGUCUCGAAGACUUCCGAUUUGAUUACAAGUUCAUUCACUGACGACAAACCUAAACUAACUGACUUGGAGGACGAUAAGCCCAUUGACUUGAAAGACGAUAGGGUCCAAGCUAAGCACGAGGAUACACCCAAGUCCUCUCUUGACUCAGUUAAGUCUAGUCUCAUAGUGUAUUCAGAUGAUGAAAGUGAUGAGGAAUAUGGUGUUCCUAGACCCCAGGAAAAGCCCGCUAAUCAGCCAAUUCCAUCAGCUGAUCCAUAUCUCGUUGCUGGAGAUAAAUCUCCGCUUAAACCUGAAGAAAAACCAGCACCAGUUGUCUUGAAAGACGAUAAGAUCCCAGCUAAACCCGAAGACAAACCCAAGUCCCCUCUGGACUCAGUAAUAAGCGAAGAGGAAUAUGGAGUUCCUAGACCCCAAGAAAAGCCCGCUAGUCAGCCAAUUCCAUCAGUUGUUCCAUCUCUCGUUGCUUUAGAUAAAUCUCCUCUUAAACCUGAAGAGAAAUCGGCACCAGUUGUCUUAAAAGACGAUAAGAUCCCAGCUAAACCCGAAGACAAACCCAGUUCCCCUCUGGAUUCAGUUAAGCCCAGUCGCACAGUGUAUUCAGACGAUGAAAGCGAUGAGGAAUAUGGAGUUCCUAGACCCCAAGAAAAGCCCGCUAGUCAGCCAAUUCCAUCAGUUGUUCCAUCUCUCGUUGCUUUAGAUAAAUCUCCGCUUAAACCUGAAGAGAAACCAGCACCAGUUGUCUUGAAAGACGAUACGAUCCCAGCAAAACCCGAAGACAAACCCAGGUCCACUCUGGAUUCAGUUAAGCCCAGUGGUACAGUGUAUUCAGACGAUGAAAGCGAUGAGGAAUGUGGUGUUCCUAGACCCCAAGAAAAGCCCGCUAGUCAGCCAAUUCCAUCAGUUGUUCCAUCUAUCGUUGCUGGAGAUAAAUCUCCGCUUAAAACUGAAGAGAAACCAGCAUCAGCUGACUUGAAAGACGGUAAGAUCCCAGCAAAACCCGAAGACAAACCCAAUUUCCCUCUGGACACAGUAAAAAGCGAUGACGAAUAUGGUGUUUAUAGACCCCAAGAAAUGCCCGCUAGUCAGCCAAUUCCAUCAGUUGUUCUAGCUCUCGUUGCUGGAGAUAAAUCUCCGCUUAAAACUGAAAAGAAACCAGCAUCAGCUGACUUGAAAAAAGAUAAGAUCCCAGCUAAACCCGAAGACAAACCCAAGUCUCCUGUGGACUCAGUAAAAAGCGAUGAGGAAUAUGGUGUUUCUAGACCCCAAGAAAAACCCGCUAGUCAGCCAAUUCCAUCAGUAGUUCCAUCUCUCAUUGCUGGAGAUAAAUCUCCGCUUAAAACUGAAGAGAAACCAGCAUCAUCUGACUUGAAAGAAGAUAAGAUCCCAGCUAAAGCCGAAGUCAAACCCAAGUCCCCUCUGGAUUCAGUUAAGCCCAGUCCUACGAUGUAUUCAGAUGAUGAAAGCGAUGAAGAAUUUGGUGAACAUAUACCCCUAGAACAGCCAUUCCCCUCGUUUGUUUCUUCAGUAGUUUCUGGAGAUAAAUCUCCUCUUAAAGACAUCCUCAAACUAGAAACGGUGACUGAGUCCAAGGCAGAAGAACUUGCAAGUUCUACUAAAUCAAAUAUGGCCACUGUGGUCUCGAAGACUUCCGAUUUGAUUACAAGUUCAUUCACUGACGACAAACAUAAACUAACUGACUUUGAGGACGAUAAGCCCAUUGACUUGAAAGACGAUAGGGUCCAAGCUAAGCACGAGGAAAAACCCAAGUCCUCUCUUGACUCAGUUAAGUCUAGUUUCAUAGUGUAUUCAGACGAUGAAAGCGAUGAGGAAUAUGGUGUUCUUAGACCCCAAGAAAAGCCCGCUAGUCAGCCAAUUCCAUCAGUUGUUCCAUCUCUCGUUGCUUUAGAUAAAUCUCCUCUUAAACCUGAAGAGAAACCAGCACCAGUUGUCUUAAAAGACGAUAAGAUCCCAGCUAAACCCGAAGACAAACCCAAGUCCCCCCUGGACUCAGUAAAAAGCGAUGAGGAAUAUGAUGUUCUUAGACCCCAAGAAAAGCCCGCUAGUCAGCCAAUUCCAUCAGUUGUUCCAUCUGUCGUUGCUUUAGAUAAAUCUCUUAAACCUGAAAAGAAACCAGCACCAGUUGUCUUUAAAGACGAUAAGAUCCCAGCUAAACCCGAAGACAAACCCAAGUCCCCUCUGGACUCAGCAAAAAGCGAUGAGGAAUAUGGUGUUCCUACACCCCAAGAAAAGCCCGCUAGUCAGCCAGUUCCAUCAGCUGAUCCAUAUAUCGUUGCUGGAGAUAAAUCUCCGCUUAAGUCUGAGGAGAACCCGGCACCAGUUGUCUUGAAAGACGAUAAGAUCUCAGCAAAAUCCGAAGUUUAUCGCAAGUCCCCUCUGGACUCAGUAAAGGUCAGUCGUACUGUGUAUUCAGACGAUGAAAGCGAUGAGGAAUAUGGUGUUGCUACACCCCAAGAAAAGCCCGCUAGUCCGCCAAUUCCAUCAGUUGUUCCAUCUCUCGUUGCUUUAGAAACAUCUCCUUCUAAACCCGAAGAGAAAUCAGCACCAGUUGUCUUGAAAGACGACAAGAUCCCAGCUAAACCCGAAGACAAACCCAAGUCCCCUCUGGAUUCAGUUAAGCCCAGUCCUACGAUGUAUUCAGAUGAUGAAAGCGAUGAAGAAUUUGGUGAACGUAUACCCCAAGAACAGCCACUCCCUUCGUUUGUUUCUUCUGUAGUUUCUGGAGAUAAAUCUCCUCUUAAAGACAUCCUUAAACUAGAAACGGUGACUGUGUCCAAGGCAGAAGAAUUUGCAAGCUAUACUAAAACAAAUAUUGCCACUGUGGUCUCGAAGACUUCCGAUUUGAUUACAAGUUCAUUCACUGACGACAAACCCAAACUAACUGACUUGGAGGACGAUAAGCCCAUUGACUUGAAAGACGAUAGGGUCCAAGCUAAGCACGGUGAUAAACCCAAGUCCCCUCUGGACUCAGUUAAGUCUAGUCUCAUAGUGUAUUCAGACGAUGAAAGUGAAGAGGAAUAUGGUGAUCCUAGACCCCAAGGAAAGCUCGCUAGUCAGCCAAUUCCAUCAGCUGAUCCAUAUCUCGUUGCUGGAGAUAAAUCUCCUCUUAAACCUGGAGAGAAACCAGCACCAGUUGUCUUGAAAGACGAUAAGAUCCCAGCUAAACCCGAAGACAAACCCAAGUCCCUUCUGGAUUCAGUUAAGCCCAGUCCUACGAUGUAUUCAGAUGAUGAAAGUGAUGAAGAAUUUGGUGAACGUAUUCCCCAAGAACAGCCACUCCCUUCGUUUGUUCCUUCUGUAGAUCCUGGAGAUAAAUCUCCUCUUAAAGACAUCCUUAAACUAAAAACGGUGACUGAGUUCAAGGCUGAAGAAUUUGCAGGUUUUACUAAAACAAAUAUUGCCACUGUGGUCUCGAAGACUUCCGAUUUGAUUACAAGUUCAUUCACUGACGACAAACCCAAACUAACUGACUUGGAGGACGAUAAGCCCAUUGACUUGAAAGACGAUAGGGUCCAAGCUAAGCACGAGGAUAAACCCAAGUCCCCUCUAGACUCAGUUAAGUCUAGUCUCAUAGUGUAUUCAGACGAUGAAAGUGAAGAGGAAUAUGGUGAUCCUAGACCCCAAGGAAAGCCCGCUAGUCAGCCAAUUCCAUCAGUUGUUCCAUCUCUCGUUGCUUUAGAUAAAUCUCCUCUUAAACCUGAAGAGAAACCAGCACCAGUUGUCUUAAAAGACGAUAAGAUCCCAGCUAAACCCGAAGACAAACCCAAGUCCCCCCUGGACUCAGUAAAAAGCGAUGAGGAAUAUGAUGUUCUUAGACCCCAAGAAAAGCCCGCUAGUCAGCCAAUUCCAUCAGUUGUUCCAUCUGUCGUUGCUUUAGAUAAAUCUCUUAAACCUGAAAAGAAACCAGCACCAGUUGUCUUUAAAGACGAUAAGAUCCCAGCUAAACCCGAAGACAAACCCAAGUCCCCUCUGGACUCAGCAAAAAGCGAUGAGGAAUAUGGUGUUCCUACACCCCAAGAAAAGCCCGCUAGUCAGCCAGUUCCAUCAGCUGAUCCAUAUAUCGUUGCUGGAGAUAAAUCUCCGCUUAAGUCUGAGGAGAACCCGGCACCAGUUGUCUUGAAAGACGAUAAGAUCUCAGCAAAAUCCGAAGUUUAUCGCAAGUCCCCUCUGGACUCAGUAAAGGUCAGUCGUACUGUGUAUUCAGACGAUGAAAGCGAUGAGGAAUAUGGUGUUGCUACACCCCAAGAAAAGCCCGCUAGUCCGCCAAUUCCAUCAGUUGUUCCAUCUCUCGUUGCUUUAGAAACAUCUCCUUCUAAACCCGAAGAGAAAUCAGCACCAGUUGUCUUGAAAGACGACAAGAUCCCAGCUAAACCCGAAGACAAACCCAAGUCCCCUCUGGAUUCAGUUAAGCCCAGUCCUACGAUGUAUUCAGAUGAUGAAAGCGAUGAAGAAUUUGGUGAACGUAUACCCCAAGAACAGCCACUCCCUUCGUUUGUUUCUUCUGUAGUUUCUGGAGAUAAAUCUCCUCUUAAAGACAUCCUUAAACUAGAAACGGUGACUGUGUCCAAGGCAGAAGAAUUUGCAAGCUAUACUAAAACAAAUAUUGCCACUGUGGUCUCGAAGACUUCCGAUUUGAUUACAAGUUCAUUCACUGACGACAAACCCAAACUAACUGACUUGGAGGACGAUAAGCCCAUUGACUUGAAAGACGAUAGGGUCCAAGCUAAGCACGGUGAUAAACCCAAGUCCCCUCUGGACUCAGUUAAGUCUAGUCUCAUAGUGUAUUCAGACGAUGAAAGUGAAGAGGAAUAUGGUGAUCCUAGACCCCAAGGAAAGCUCGCUAGUCAGCCAAUUCCAUCAGCUGAUCCAUAUCUCGUUGCUGGAGAUAAAUCUCCUCUUAAACCUGGAGAGAAACCAGCACCAGUUGUCUUGAAAGACGAUAAGAUCCCAGCUAAACCCGAAGACAAACCCAAGUCCCUUCUGGAUUCAGUUAAGCCCAGUCCUACGAUGUAUUCAGAUGAUGAAAGUGAUGAAGAAUUUGGUGAACGUAUUCCCCAAGAACAGCCACUCCCUUCGUUUGUUCCUUCUGUAGAUCCUGGAGAUAAAUCUCCUCUUAAAGACAUCCUUAAACUAAAAACGGUGACUGAGUUCAAGGCUGAAGAAUUUGCAGGUUUUACUAAAACAAAUAUUGCCACUGUGGUCUCGAAGACUUCCGAUUUGAUUACAAGUUCAUUCACUGACGACAAACCCAAACUAACUGACUUGGAGGACGAUAAGCCCAUUGACUUGAAAGACGAUAGGGUCCAAGCUAAGCACGAGGAUAAACCCAAGUCCCCUCUAGACUCAGUUAAGUCUAGUCUCAUAGUGUAUUCAGACGAUGAAAGUGAAGAGGAAUAUGGUGAUCCUAGACCCCAAGGAAAGCCCGCUAGUCAGCCAAUACCAUCAGCUGAUCCAUAUCUCGUUGCUGGAGAUAAAUCUCCGCUUAAACCUGAAGAAAAACCAGCACCAGUUGUCUUGAAAGACGAUAAGAUCCCCGCAAAAUCCGAAGACAAACCCAGGUCCCCUCUGGAUUCAGUUAAGCCCAGUCGUACAGUGUAUUCAGACGAUGAAAGCGAUGAGGAAUAUGGAGUUCCUAGACCCCAAGAAAAGCCCGCUAGUUUGCCAAUUCCAUCAGUUGUUCCAUCUCUCGUUGCUUUAGAUAAAUCUCCUCUUAAACCAGAAGAGAAAUCAGCGCCAGUUGUCUUAAAAGACGAUAAGAUCCCAGCUAAAUCCGAAGACACACCCAGGUCCCCUCUGGAUUCAGUUAAGCCCAGUCGUACAGUGUAUUCAGACGAUGAAAACGAUGAGGAAUAUGGAGUUUCUAGACCCCAAGAAAAGCCCGCUAGUCAGCCAAUUCCAUCAGUUGUUCCAUCUCUCGUUGCUUUAGAUAAAUCUCCUCUUAAACCUGAAGAGAUAUCAGCACCAGUUGUCUUGAAAGACGACAAGAUCCCAGCUAAACCCGAAGACAAACCCAAGUCCCCUCUGGAUUCAGCUAAGCCCAGUCGUACAGUGUAUUCAGACGAUGAAAGCGAUGAGGAAUAUGGAGUUCCUAGACCCCAAGAAAAGCCCGCUAGUCAGCCAAUUCCAUCAGCUGUUCCAUCUCUCGUUGCUUUAGAUAAAUCUCCUCUUAAGCCGGAAGAGAAAUCAGCACCAGUUGUCUUAAAAGACGAUAAGAUCCCAGCUAAGCCCGAAGACAAACCCAAGUCCCCUCUGUACUCAGUAAAAAGCGAUGAGGAAUAUGGUGUUCCUAGACCCCAAGAAAAGCCCGCUAGUCAGCCAAUUCCAUCAGUUGUUCCAUCUAUCGUUGCUGGAGAUAAAUCUCCGCUUAAAACUGAAGAGAAACCAGCAUCAGCUGACUUGAAAGACGGUAAGAUCCCAGCGAAACCCGAAGACAAACCCAAGUUCCCUCUGGAUUCAGUAAAGCCCAGUCGUACAGUGUAUUCAGACGAUGAAAGCGAUGAGGAAUAUGGUGUUCCUAGACCCCAAGAAAAGCCCGCUAGUCAGCCAAUUCCAUCAGUUGUUCCAUCUCUCGUUGCUUUAGAAAAAUCUCCUCUUAAACCUGAAGAGAAAUCAGCACCAGUUGUCUUGAAAGACGACAAGAUCCCAGCUAAACCCGAAGACAAACCCAAGUCCCCUCUGGAUUCAGUAAAGCCCAGUCCUGCGAUGUAUUCAGAUGAUGAAAGCGAUGAAGAAUUUGGUGAUCGUAGACCCCAAGAAAAGCCACUACCUGCGUUUGUUUCUUCUGUAGUUUCUGGAGAUAAAUCUCCUCUUAAAGAUAUCCUUAAACUAGAAACGGUGACUGUGUCCAAGGCAGAAGAAUUUGCAAGCUAUACUAAAACAAAUAUUGCCACUGUGGUCUCGAAGACUUCCGAUUUGAUUACAAGUUCAUUCACUGACGACAAACCCAAACUAACUGACUUGGAGGACGAUAAGCCCAUUGACUUGAAAGACGAUAGGGUCCAAGCUAAGCACGGUGAUAAACCCAAGUCCCCUCUUGACUCAGUUAAGUCUAGUCUCAUAGUGUAUUCAGAUGAUGAAAGUGACGAGGAAUAUGGUUUUCCUAGACCCCAAGAAAAGCCCGCUUGUCAGCCAAUUCCAUCAGUUGUUCCAUCUCUCGUUGCUUUAGAUAAAUCUCCUCUUAAACCUGAAAAGAAACCAGCACCAGUUGUCAUAAAGGACGAUAAGAUCCCAGCUAAACCCGAAGACAAACCCAAGUCCCUUCUGGAUUCAGUUAAGCCCAGUCCUACGAUGUAUUCAGAUGAUGAAAGUGAUGAAGAAUUUGGUGAACGUAUUCCCCAAGAACAGCCACUCCCUUCGUUUGUUCCUUCUGUAGUUCCUGGAGAUAAAUCUCCUCUUAAAGACAUCCUUAAACUAAAAACGGUGACUGAGUUCAAGGCUGAAGAAUUUGCAAGUUUUACUAAAACAAAUAUUGCCACUGUGGUCUCGAAGACUUCCGAUUUGAUUACAAGUUCAUUCACUGACGACAAACCCAAACUAACUGACUUGGAGGACGAUAAGCCCAUUGACUUGAAAGACGAUAGGGUCCAAGCUAAGCACGAGGAUAAACCCAAGUCCCCUCUGGACUCAGUUAAGCCUAGUCUCACAGUGUAUUCAGACGAUGAAAGCGAUGAGGAAUAUGGAGUUCCUAGACCACAAGAAAAUCCCGCUAGUCAGCCAAUUCAAUCAGCUGAUCCAUAUCUCGUUGCUGGAGAUAAAUCUCCGCUUAAACCUGAAGAAAAACCAGCACCAGUUGCCUUAAAAGACGAUAAGAUCCCAGCUAAACCCGAAGACAAACCCAAGUCCCCUCUGGAUUCAGUUAAGCCCAGUCGUACAGUGUAUUCAGACGAUGAAAGCGAUGAGGAAUAUGGAGUUCCUAGACCCCAAGAAAAGCCCGCUAGUCAGCCAAUUCCAUCAGUUGUUCCAUCUCUCGUUGCUUUAGAUAAAUCUCCUCUUAAACCUGAAGAGAAAUCGGCACCAGUUGUCUUAAAAGACGAUAAGAUCCCAGCUAAACCCGAAGACAAACCCAGUUCCCCUCUGGAUUCAGUUAAGCCCAGUCGUACAGUGUAUUCAGACGAUGAAAGCGAUGAGGAAUAUGGAGUUCCUAGAGCCCAAGAAAAGCCCGCUAGUCAGCCAAUUCCAUCAGUUGUUCCAUCUCUCGUUGCUUUAGAUAAAUCUCCUCUUAAACCGGAAGAGAAAUCAGCACCAGUUGUCUUAAAAGACGAUACGAUCCCAGCUAAACCCGAAGACAAACCCAGGUCCCCUCUGGAUUCAGUUAAGCCCAGUCGUACAGUGUAUUCAGACGAUGAAAGCGAUGAGAAAUAUGGAGUUCCUAGACCCCAAGAAAAGCCCGCUAGUCAGCCAAUUCCAUCAGUUGUUCCGUCUCUCGUUGCUUUAGAUAAAUCUACUCUUAAACCUGAAGAGAAAUCGGCACCAGUUGUCUUAAAAGACGAUAAGAUCCCAGCUAAACCCGAAGACAAACCCAGGUCCCCUCUGGAUUCAGUUAAGCCCAGUCGCACAGUGUAUGCAGACGAUGAAAGCGAUGAGGAAUAUGGAGUUCCUAGACCCCAAGAAAAGCCCGCAAGUCAGCCAAUUCCAUCAGUUGUUCCAUCUCUCGUUGCUUUAGAUAAAUCUCCUCUUAAGCCGGAAGAGAAAUCAGCACAAGUUGCCUUAAAAGACGAUAAGAUCCCAGCUAAGCCCAAAGACAAACCCAAGUCCCCUCUGGACUCAGUAAAAAGCGAUGAGGAAUAUGGUGAUCCUAGACCCCAAGGAAAGCCCGCUAGUCAGCCAAUUCCAUCAGCUGAUCCAUAUCUCGUUGCUGGAGAUAAAUCUUCGCUUAAACCUGAAGAAAAACCAGCACCAGUUGUCUUGAAAGACGAUAAGAUCCCCGCAAAAUCCGAAGACAAAGCCAGGUCCCCUCUGGAUCCAGUUAAGCCCAGUCGUACAGUGUAUUCAGACGAUGAAAGCGAUGAGGAAUAUGGAGUUCCUAGACCCCAAGAAAAGCCCGCUAGUCAGCCAAUUCCAUCAGUUGUUCCAUCUCUCGUUGCUUUAGAUAAAUCUCCUCUUAAACCUAAAGAGAAAUCGGCACCAGCUGUCUUAAAAGACGAUAAGAUCCCAGCUAAACCCGAAGACAAAUCCAGUUCCCCUCUGGAUUCAGUUAAGCCCAGUCGCACAGUGUAUUCAGACGAUGAAAGCGAUGAGGAAUAUGGAGUUCCUAGACCCCAAGAAAAGCCCGCUAGUCAGCCAAUUCCAUCAGUUGUUCCAUCUCUCGUUGCUUUAGAUAAAUCUCCUCUUAAACCGGAAGAGAAAUCAGCACCAGUUACCUUAAAAGACGAUAAGAUCCCAGCUAAACCCGAAGACAAACCCAAGUCCCCUCUGGACUCAGUAAAAAGUGAUGAGGAAUAUGGUGUUCCUAGACCCCAAGAAAAGCUCGCUAGUCAGCCAAUUCCAUCAGUUGUUCCAUCUAUCGUUGCUGGAGAUAAAUCUCCGCUUAAAACUGAAGAGAAACCAGCAUCAACUGACUUGAAAGACGGUAAGAUCCCAGCAAAACCCGAAGACAAACCCAAGUCCCCUCUGGAUUCAGUUAAGCCCAGUCGUACAGUGUAUUCAGACGAUGAAAGCGAUGAGGAAUAUGGAGUUCCUAGACCCCAAGAAAAGCCCGCUAGUCAGCCAAUUCCAUCAGUUGUUCCAUCUCUCGUUGCUUUAGAAAAAUCUCCUCUUAAACCUGAAGAGAAAUCAGCACCAGUUGUCUUGAAAGACGACAAGAUCCCAGCUAAACCCGAAGACAAACCCAAGUCCCCUCUGGAUUCAGUUGAGCCCAGUCCUGCGAUGUAUUCAGAUGAUGAAAGCGAUAAAGAAUUUGGUGAUCGUAGACCCCAAGAAAAGCCACUACCUGCGUUUGUUUCUUCUGUAGUUUCUGGAGAUAAAUCUCCUCUUAAAGAUAUCCUUAAACUAGAAACGGUGACUGUGUCCAAGGCAGAAGAAUUUGCAAGCUAUACUAAAACAAAUAUUGCCACUGUGGUCUCGAAGACUUCCGAUUUGAUUACAAGUUCAUUCACUGACGACAAACCCAAACUAACUGACUUGGAGGACGAUAAGCCCAUUGACUUGAAAGACGAUAGGGUCCAAGCUAAGCACGAGGAUAAACCCAAGUCCCCUCUUGACUCACUUAACUCUAGUCUCAUAGUGUAUUCAGACGAUGAAAGCGAUGAGGAAUAUCGUGUUCCUAGACCACAAGAAAAUCCCGCUAGUCAGCCAAUUCAAUCAGCUGAUCCAUAUCUCGUUGCUGGAGAUAAAUCUCCGCUUAAACCUGAAGAAAAACCAGCACCAGUUGUCUUGAAAGACGAUAAGAUCCCCGCAAAACCCGAAGACAAACCCAGGUCCCCUCUGGAUUCAGUUAAGCCCAGUCGUACAGUGUAUUCAGACGAUGAAAGCGAUGAAGAAUAUGGAGUUCCUAGACCCCAAGAAAAGCUCGCUAGUCAGCCAAUUCCAUCAGUUGUUCCAUCUCUCGUUGCUUUAGAUAAAUCUCCUCUUAAACCUGAAGAGAAAUCGGCACCAGUUGUCUUAAAAGACGAUAAGAUCCCAGCUAAACCCGAAGACAAAUCCAGUUCCCCUCUGGAUUCAGUUAAGCCCAGUCGCACAGUGCAUUCAGACGAUGAAAGCGAUGAGGAAUAUGGAGUUCCUAGACCCCAAGAAAAGCCCGCUAGUCAGCCAAUUCCAUCAGUUGUUCCAUCUCUCGUUGCUUUAGAUAAAUCUCCUCUUAAACCUGAAGAGAAAUCGGCACCAGUUGUCCUAAAAGACGAUAAGAUCCCAGCUAAACCCGAAGACAAACCCAAGUCCCCUCUGGACUCAGUAAAAAGUGAUGAGGAAUAUGGUGUUCCUAGACCCCAAGAAAAGUUCGCUAGUCAGCCAAUUCCAUCAGUUGUUCCAUCUAUCGUUGCUGGAGAUAAAUCUCCGCUUAAAACUGAAGAGAAACCAGCAUCAGCUGACUUGAAAGACGGUAAGAUCCCAGCAAAACCCGAAGACAAACCCAAGUCCCCUCUGGAUUCAGUUAAGCCCAGUCGUACAGUGUAUUCAGACGAUGAAAGCGAUGAGGAAUAUGGAGUUCCUAGACCCCAAGAAAAGCCCGCUAGUCAGCCAAUUCCAUCAGUUGUUCCAUCUCUCGUUGCUUUAGAAAAAUCUCCUCUUAAACCUGAAAAGAAAUCAGCACCAGUUGUCUUGAAAGACGACAAGAUCCCAGCUAAACCCGAAGACAAACCCAAGUCCCCUCUGGAUUCAGUUAAGCCCAGUCCUGCGAUGUAUUCAGAUGAUGAAAGCGAUGAAGAGUUUGGUGAUCGUAGACCCCAAGAAAAGCCACUACCUGCGUUUGUUUCUUCUGUAGUUUCUGGAGAUAAAUCUCCUCUUAAAGAUAUCCUUAAACUAGAAACGGUGACUGUGUCCAAGGCAGAAGAAUUUGCAAGCUAUACUAAAACAAAUAUUGCCACUGUGGUCUCGAAGACUUCCGAUUUGAUUACAAGUUCAUUCACUGACGACAAACCUAAACUAACUGACUUGGAGGACGAUAAGCCCAUUGACUUGAAAGACGAUAGGGUCCAAGCUAAGCACGAGGAUAAACCCAAGUCCCCUCUUGACUCAGUUAAGUCUAGUCUCAUAGUGUAUUCAGACGAUGAAAGUGACGAGGAAUAUGGUUUUCCUAGACUCCAAGAAAAGCCCGCUUGUCAGCCAAUUCUAUCAGUUGUUCCAUCUCUCGUUGCUUUAAAUAAAUCUCCUCUUAAACCUGAAGAGAAACCAGCAUCAGUUGUGAUAAAAGACGAUAAGAUCCCAGCUAAACCCGAAGACAAACCCAAGUCCCUUCUGGAUUCAGUUAAGCCCAGUCCUACGAUGUAUUCAGAUGAUGAAAGUGAUGAAGAAUUUGGUGAACGUAUUCCCCAAGAACAGCCACUCCCUUCGUUUGUUCCUUCUGUAGUUCCUGGAGAUAAAUCUCCUCUUAAAGACAUCGUUAAACUAGAAACGGUGACUGUGUCCAAGGCAGAAGAAUUUGCAAGCUAUACUAAAACAAAUAUUGCCACUGUGGUCUCGAAGACUUCCGAUUUGAUUACAAGUUCAUUCACUGACGACAAAGCUAAACUAACUGACUUGGAGGACGAUAAGCCCAUUGACUUGAAAGACGAUAGGGUCCAAGCUAAGCACGAGGAUAAACCCAAGUCCCCUCUUGACUCAGUUAAGUCUAGUCUCAUAGUGUAUUCAGACGAUGAAUGUGACGAGGAAUAUGGUUUUCCUAGACUCCAAGAAAAGCCCGCUAGUCAGCCAAUUCCAUCAGCUGAUCCAUAUCUCGUUGCUGGAGAUAAAUCUCCUCUUAAACCUGAAGAGAAAUCAGCACCAGUUGUCUUGAAAGACGACAAGAUCUCAGCUAAACCCGAAGACAAACCCAAGUCCCCUCUGGAUUCAGUUAAGCCCAGUCCUGCGAUGUAUUCAGAUGAUGAAAGCGAUGAAGAGUUUGGUGAUCGUAGACCCCAAGAAAAGCCACUACCUGCGUUUGUUUCUUCUGUAGUUUCUGGAGAUAAAUCUCCUCUUAAAGAUAUCCUUAAACUAGAAACGGUGACUGUGUCCAAGGCAGAAGAAUUUGCAAGCUAUACUAAAACAAAUAUUGCCACUGUGGUCUCGAAGACUUCCGAUUUGAUUACAAGUUCAUUCACUGACGACAAACCUAAACUAACUGACUUGGAGGACGAUAAGCCCAUUGACUUGAAAGACGAUAGGGUCCAAGCUAAGCACGGGGAUAAACCCAAGUCCCCUCUUGACUCAGUUAAGUCUAGUCUCAUAGUGUAUUCAGACGAUGAAAGUGACGAGGAAUAUGGUUUUCCUAGACCCCAAGAAAAGCCCGCUUGUCAGCCAAUUCCAUCAGUUGUUCCAUCUCUCGUUGCUUUAGAUAAAUCUCCUCUUAAACCUGAAGAGAAACCAGCACCAGUUAUCAUAAAGGACGAUAAAAUCCCAGCUAAACCCGAAGACAAACCCAAGUCCCUUCUGGAUUCAGUUAAGCCCAGUCCAACGAUGUAUUCAGAUGAUGAAAGCGAUGAAGAAUUUGGCGAACGUGUACUCCAAGAACAGCCACUCCCUUCGUUUGUUUCUUCUGUAGUUUCUGGAGAUAAAUCUCCUUUUAAAGACAUCCUUGAAAUAGAAACGGUGACUGAGUUCAAGGCAGAAGAAUUUGCAAGUUCUACUAAAACAAAUAUUGCCACUGUGGUCUCGAAGACUUCCGAUUUGAUUACAAGUUCAUUCACUGACGACAAACCUAAACUAACUGACUUGGAGGACGAUAAGCCCAUAGACUUGAAAGAUGAUAGGGUCCAGGCUAAACACGAGGAUAAACCCAAGUCCCCUCUUGACUCAGUUAGGUCUAAUCUCAUAGUUUAUUCAGACGAUGAAAGCGAUAGACCACAAAAAAAUCCCGCUAGUCAUCCAAUUCCAUCAGUUGUUCCAUCUCUCGUUGCUUCAGAUAAAUCUCCUCUUAAACCUGAUGAGAAACCAGUACCAGUUGUCUUGAAAGACGAUAAGAUCCCAGCUAAACCCGAAGACAAACCCAAGUCCCUUCUGGAUUCCGUUAAGCCCAGUCCUACGAUGUAUUCAGAUGAUAAAAGCGAUGAAGAAUUUGGGGAACGUGUACCCCAAGAACAGCCACUCCCUUCGUUUGUUUCUUCUGUAGUUUCUGGAGAUAAAUCUCCUCUUAAAGACAUCCCUAAACUAGAAACGGUGACUGUGUCCAAGGCAGAAGAAUUUGCAAGUUCCACUAAAACAAAUAUUGCCACUGUGGUCUCGAAGACUUCCGAUUUGAUUACAAGUUCAUUCACUGACGACAAACCCAAACUAACUGACUUGGAGGACGAUAAGCCCAUUGACUUGAAAGACGAUAGGGUCCAAGCUAAGCACGAGGAUAAACCCAAGUCCCGUCUUGACUCAGUUAAGUCUAGUCUCAUAGUGUAUUCAGACGAUGAAAGUGACGAGGAAUAUGGUUUUCCUAGACCCCAAGAAAAGCCCGCUUGUCAGCCAAUUCCAUCAGUUGUUCCAUCUCUCGUUGCUUUAGAUAAAUCUCCGCUUAAACCUGACGAGAAACCAGCAUCCAUUGACUUGAAAGAAGAUAAGAUCCAAGCUAAACCCGAAGACAAACCAACGUCCCCUCUGGAUUCAGUUAUGCCUAGUUCUAGUUCGGUUGUUCCUUCUGUUGGUGCUGGAGAUAAAUCUCCGCUUAAAACUGAAGAGAAAGCAAAACCAGUUGACUUGAAGAACGAAAAGGUCCCAGCUAAACCUGAGGAUAAGCUUAAGUCCCCCCUUGCUUCAGUUAAGCCCAGUCCAGUCGUAUCUUCAGACGAUAAAAGCGAUGAAGAAUUUGGUGAUCUUAGGCCCCAAGAAAAGCCACUCCCUUCGUUUGUUUCUUCUGUAGUUUCUGGAGAUAAAUCUCCUCUUAAAGACAUCCUUAAACUAGAAACGGUGACUGUGUCCAAGGCAGAAGAAUUUGCAAGCUAUACUAAAACAAAUAUUGCCACUGUGGUCUCGAAGACUUCCGAUUUGAUUACAAGUUCAUUCACUGACGACAAACCUAAACUAACAGACUUGGAGGACGAUAAGCCCAUUGACUUGAAAGACGAUAGGGUCCAAGCUAAGCACGGUGAUAAGCCCAAGUCCCCUCUUGGCUCAGUUAAGUCUAGUCUCAUAGUGUAUUCAGACGAUGAAAGUGACGAGGAAUAUGGUUUUCCUAGACCCCAAGAAAAGCCCGCUUGUCAGCCAAUUCCAUCAGUUGUUCCAUUUCUCGUUGCUGGAGAUGAAUCUCAGCUUAAACCUGAAGACCUGACUGAGUUCAAGGCAGAAGAAUUUGCAAGUUCUACUAAAACAAAUAUUGCCACUGUGGUCUCGAAGACUUCCGAUUUGAUUACAAGUUCAUUCACUGACGACAAACCUAAUCUAAUUGACUUGAAGGACGAUAAGACCAUUGACUUGAAACACGAUAGGGUCCCAGCUAAACACGAGGAUAAAUCCAAGUCCCCUCUGGACUCAGCUAAGCCUAGUCUCAUAGUGUAUUCAGACGAUGAAAGUGAUGAGGAAUAUGGUGUUCCUAAGCCCAAAGAAAAACUGGCUAGUCAGCCAAUUUCAUCAGUUGUUCCAUCUCUUGCUGCUGGAGAUAAAACUGCCCUUAAACUUAAAGUGAAGCCAACACUAGUUGUUUUAAAAGACGAUAAGUUUCCAGCUAAGCCCGAAGACAAACCCAAGUCUCCUCUGGAUUUAGUGAAGCCCAGUCCUCCGAUGUAUUCAGACAAUGAAAGUUUUGAGGAAUAUGGUGCACCCAAACAUCAAGAAAAGCCCGCCAGUCAGCCAAUUCCGUCGGCUGCUCCUUCUGUCGUUGCUGGAGAUAAAUCUCUGCAUGCUGAAAAAAAACCAGAUCCAGUUUACUUUAAAGACACAAUCAAAACUCAGUCAUUUUCGGUACCUGUUCGUUCUUUUGAAGGGUCACACGAAUCUCCAUUAAAAGCAGUGGAGACACCAAAACUUUCGAAUGAUGAGACCAUGGUCACGUCGUACUCCGGCGAAAACAGAUCCGUUCAGCAGAUUGUGGAAGACACUUUGAGAGCAGGCGAUGCUGAGGUACUAAAAAUAGUAAACGAAACACUUAAGAGUGUUCAGGUCCACCGCCACUUGGGCCAUGUGACGGAGCAGUUGGAAUCAGAAGAUGAGCGGUCGGUGGAGCAGAUUGUAGAAGAAACAUUGAAUAGUGCGAAGAUAGAUUCUUUAGGGCCUAGGGAUGAAAAGUUGUGCCCUAGUAACAUUGAGGAGGCCGAACCCAAAGAAGUUCGUCCAAUAGCAUAUUUUGUUAACUUAGAUGAUGAGAAAAAAUCGCCACUGCCCGCCAAGAAACCAGCCGUCAAAACGCAGCAGAAAAUGGUAGCUAAGUCGGAAACGGCAAAAGGGAAAAUAGUGAAAGAUUCCAGUGCAAAAUCAGCAGCAAGGAGUUCUCUGAGUAGGAGGACAGUGGGGGAUAAAGAAAAACCAAAGUCCGAUAUGAAAACUCAGGCUUUAACAUCCUCAACGCAGACCAAACAGAAGAAGCCAAUUAGUAAGCAAACCGUGACGCGGAAGACGUCUGUCUCGGAAAAACCGAAAGCGCCAGCCAAAUCCGAGCCGAGAAGGUCGGUGACGAGUUCCGUUUCGACCACAAGCUCAGCCUCUGCCACAAGCCGUGUGAUUAGUGAGAUACAUUUCGAGCGGUCUGCCAGUCCCGCAUCCAGUUCUAUAUUCUACGAGAGUCACCCGCAAGGCGAGGGCAGUCGCUCAACCACGCCGAGGCCUAGGGUGAAAACAGAUGUCACACGAAUACCCUACAAUACCUCAAUUCGAUCGUUGAGCCCCUCGUCCAAGUCUACGAAGUCAGCUAGAGUAACAGCUGCCUCGUCAGUGAAACAGACAGCCACAAAACAAUCUAAGACGACUACCAAUCGAUCUACCAAAGAGCUUACAGGAAGCACUGCUAAGAAGACCGACAGCAAAAUCAGCAGUCAAGAGCAUGUGGAGACGAAGCGAAUGAUAACCCCGACACCCAUUGCCACACACAGAUAUAUGCAGCCCACUUUGUCUCACAAUAUCCGAUAUGGGUUGAGUGGCGAUGCCGAGGGCCAGAGGGUCUCUCCGGCUCCGCCAAAGUCCCCAGCACCGCCGAAAUCGCCGGCCCCUCCUCAGACCAAAAGUACGUACAGAACCCAGACAAGUAUGACAAGUGCCUUGACAAAGUCCACAUAUUUGGAACGAAAACAGAAGAAUUCUAUCGUCGAGAAGGUGCAGCCCCAAGCGCAUUCCCAGAUCAAGAGAGGUUCUCAGAGCGACAGCAAGGAGUCGCUGAAGAACACCGGACGCCUAUACAAGAGACAGACCUCCAAAGAAAACAAGCUAACAAACGUGAUAGGUUCCCAGAGCCAAGCAACCAAAAGCAUGAAGACACAAUCAGCUAAUUCAACCAAGACCAUUGCCCACAGAACUUCCAUAGAAACCGACAACAGGCAUGCGGUGGCCAGCCUUCAGAAGAAGGCCCCCCCAGUCACUAUACAGCGCAACAAAGUUCCGAUUAGCGCGUCUUCCAUGAAAAGGACUGCAGCAGCAAAGCUGCCUAGCAGAAGUGAUGAAACCGUCAAGAAACCUCAGAUAGACGUUAAGAAAACAGUCAGGCGUACGGUAGCCAGCAGCACGGCCGCCACCAGAACGGUGCAGAGCUCCAUUGAGCCGAAGCUGCAGAAGAAGAUGAAGGACAACAUGAACGAAUCAAGCUCGACCAGUGGCAGUACCAGUGCCAGCGGCUCUUCUAACAGCACCCGGCGCAGCGUGCGCUCGGUUACGGUCAGCCGGAAGACCGACAAAGAGAUGGCCAACCUAAAGCUGUCGGAGAAGAAAAGAGAACCGUCGACAUCGUCAUCGACAUCGACUUCGACUGUGCGCGUGCACAGGGAACCGACAGCGACAACCGCCGCUGUUAGCACCGUGCUUGUUGAUGACGACUGUGAGGUGAUAACCAUACGUUCCAUUAAAUCAAGCGAUAGUACAAAAAGUUCUACCUCAUCAUCCUCCGGUAGUGGCAGCAACAGUCGCAAGGUGCUAACCAGCGAGGUUUUCACUAAGACCUUCGGCCCCGACAGGCCCCUAGAGGUGGUCUAUCGGCAGCCCGAGUUCGAUGUAGAUCACCACACCACCAUGUCCGUGCGGCCGCCCUCCACAAACGAGCAGCAGCGGUGCAUAAACGAGUUUGAUGUUAGCUUUAUCGAUACCACCGAUUCCAGUCUUUCCGACUCCGUUGCACUGCCUAUGUUCGGCGCUGGCGAACCGGAGCGCCUGCUGGCCGCCAGUCCCGGCUCUCCCAAGCCGACCCGUAGUCCCCUGGCCCUCGUCGAGGAGACGUUGCGCCGCCAGCAGCAGCACCUACACCAUCAGCAGCAGCAUCCGCAGCCCCAUCACCACAGUGCACUCGUGGCAGGGGCAGGGCCUGGGGCAGGACUAGGCGCCUCUGCCUUAGACCCUUCGCUGCAGCUGCAUGUGGAGAGCGGCAGUAUUGUGGUGGAGACUGAGGUGGAGAAGAGCAGCACAUCCAAAGAAACCCUUCAGGAGAAAUUAAUCGACACAUCCAUUCUGGAUACCGAAACGAGCUCACAGCAAAUCGGUGAUGUUAAAGUUGGUGGUGGUGGAGGUGCAGGUGGAGGUGAUAAUGAUGAUGAUGGUGCAGAUCUUGUGGCACGCAUUCGCGAGGAAGCUACUAUCCUGGUGGAUAGCGUGCUCGAAGAAAGCGUUGAGAUCAUUGAGAGUCACGGCAUUGGCCACCAGCACCAGGCCAAUGGCCACGAGUUCGUUAAGCAGGAAUACAACUCGGAGAGUGACAACUAUGCCAUCACAUGCGACGACAUUGACGGCGUUGAUGUCAUCAAAUCGCCCACAAUCGAGUCCAUGUCGGGCAAGUCAUUCGAUGAUAACAUGAGCUUCACCGACGAGCACAUACAUUUACCCUUGCAUGUCCAAAACAUAACCGCCACGACCACGACCACAGUAACCACUCAAUACCAACAGCAACAAGCGCAGCCUCAGUCGCACUCCCAAGCUGCUGCCACAACUUCAUCAACGGCAAAAGUACCCGAACCAAUGCCAGUUACAGAACCAGAACCAGUACCAGUACCUGUAGUGUCUAGUCAAGAUCGAAUUGAAGACGAAUCGGAGACGCGCACGAGACGCAUCGAGCGAAAGAUCGAGAAGCUAUCCACUGACAUGGACGAUGUGAGUGCGAAGUUCGACGAGGCCUUCGAGUCGGCUGUGCACGAGGAUGAGAUCAGUGCCCUGCAGGGCGACUUUUCCAAGCUCAGCUGGGACGACAGCGUGUCGCCCACGACCAACACAAUGGCCGACAUGGCCCACAACCAGAUAACACCCGACAAUGACAUUCAAGAGCUGACCGCAGAAGCAGGCGGCGAUUUACCAAUCUCAAGUGAAACCACUCCCGUACCACCGUCGGCUGUCGUGGCAGCCACAGUCGCCACAGACAAAGAAACAGCUGAUGAGCCGGCGGUAGAAUCCAGUUUAUUUACUGCCACCAGCCACGACACACCCACACCAAAGCCACGAGUUCUUAAAGCCAGCUCCCCCGUCUCCGAAGGCACUGGCACCGAUAGCACCACCACCACUAUUCCCAGCCAAGUGCAGAAAUCCGACAUACCGAUCGAUAUAAGUUUUGAUGCCGCUGCACCAAUUCCGAAACCCCGUGCCCCCAUCAAGCACACGGAACCGUUUGAGAAUCUGGCCGCCCUGGCCGAACAGUCCGAUAGCAUUAGCCUACGCAGCUUCGAGUUUACGGAGGACCUGUCCAAGACGGACGAGCCCUCCACGGAGCUGUCGAUCCGAUCCCAGCUGCGUGAUGUGGUCACAACCACAACUGCUACCACCACUGCCUCAGAGGAUCACACGGAGAGCUUCGAGCCGACCAGCGAGAUAUCAGUGGAUGAUGCUGACACUGAGAAGUCAGAGGCUGCCGAGAAGACCACCAGCUUUUAUAUAGGCGAAUCAAGUCGCAAUGUCAUCACCAAGACCACAACGAAGUCAGCGGGUGCAACACCCCAGGACGAAGAGGCCGCUACGGAUAUAGGCAUUGACGCCAAGGACAUUUCGCUGAUGAAGGAGGUUUCCGUAGACUCGGACGAGGCCAACGAUAUUUUUAAGGAGUACGUGACGAUGAAGCGUGAUGAUGCUGAGGCCGUGGAUAGCAAGAUAGUCAGACAGGGCUCCGAGACUAGAAACGAUAUUUUGGAGUUUGAGAAUGCCGACAAGGAGAAGGCUGGCGAGCCAAUUCUUACCAAGGUGACAACGGAGGAGAGCCUAACCACGUCCACCGGCUCCAGUGGUCGGGCUAUCAUAGAGGUAGCGCCUUCAAGCAGCGAAGACCCCGAUGAGUCCGGCAAGGAAAUUCCCGAAAUAGUGAAUACAAUAUCCUCCACAGACCGAUUUGAACUGCCGCUGGAGAAGAGUGAGUGGGAGACAUCGGAGAAGGAAAUCCCCAAUGCGGGCAAACCGAAGGUGGUGCACUCGCCACAGCAACCACAAGCUACCGCCGGAAAAGAUAUCGUUGAUGAAUCACCGGACAGUGGAGCCAUUCGCGAAACACAGGACUCUUCUGAUUUGGCGAAGAGUGAUUUAAAAAGCGACGUAAAAUCGAUGGAAGAAUCCCCAGCCGGUUUCGAAUUCGAUACAAUGACGCACUCCUUUACCACCGGUGCUGAGAGCGAAGAUAUUUCGUCUUUUAUCGGGAUACCAGACAUGCAAACGUCAACAUUGGACAACACCCAGCCCCCCGAGGGUCUAUUCGAUACCACAAUCAGGGAGACCCUGAACAAGCAGGCGGCAAUGGCGCACUAUGCUCAAGACGUGUUCGGCCGAGUGGAGAGGCGUGAUGAUCAUGGAUCACUGGGAUUCGUGUCCACCGGCACCGCCGAAGAACUAAGCUCGAUGGAGGAGCAUAUGGCGAAAGAGGAGCAAGCCUCUCUUGGGUUUAUAUCUACGGAGACAGCAGAAGACUUCAGCUCCAUGGAGGACUACUACACGGAAAAGUUAACCACUGCCAGCUUGGUUGCGGAGGAGAUUGCUGCCGACAAGUCCAUCACCACCAGCACCUUUGAGGAGAUGACAUCGGACCAGUCUAUCAGGCCGGUCGAUGUGGUGGUUCAUCGGCUGAAGACCGAGUUAUCGCCAGACUCCACCAACCGCUGGUCCAUACCCGACGUAGACAAUUCUAGCUCCAGUGAGAGCUACCAAAAGAGCUUCGACAAAACCCAGAGCCGACCUCUAUCCUCUGACAUGGACAUCCUACUGACCGCCACUGGCACCGGAACCUCCAGCGAAUACCAGACUGCUCGCGAUUCCACCUGUCGCGAGGCAACCGAGUACGUGAGCGCAGUCAGCACUCUGAACAGCAGCAGUGGUCAGACCAUUAGCUCCCACGAGAGCAUGCGCAGCUUCGACUCGCAGUCGGAGACUUCAGCCAAUCUGGCGAGUAUCGAUGUGUCUGAGUUGUCGGAGACAUUGGUGGCCUCCUCAGCCGAGGCAGAUCCCUUUGAGUCGGAGGAAAUGUCUCGCCUGCGUGACCUGCGGGCCGAUGAUGAUGACAGCGAUGAGAGCGUAGAACUGCCAGGGUCCUCGUAUCCGACUAACGAGCAGCAGAGCUUGAUGAAGCGAUCCCAGGAGAUGAUUUUCAAGCCCAAGACAGAGGCGGAUGAACAGCCGGUCGAGGCAAUUCAAAUCGAAGAAUAUCCCAAGCCCAAAGACGCCGAACGCACCUGGGGACUAGCCUAUCCAAUGGAGGACAGCAAGGCCGAUAGUCCGCGGGAGAGCGAGAGGGCAGAGGACAUAUUGCUGUAUCACGGCGACCCCAGGCGAUCUAUCGACGAAUCCAAGCUGGCAUCAAGCCUGGACGAAGGCAGCAUUCUCUCGGUCAGCAUUUCCAGUACGUCUAACAUUGACACCGUUGUUGAGAACUUUGAUGACAUUAUCGGAUCGGCAGGCUCGUCGUCACUCACUGGCAUCGAGGGCUUCCAGUAUGGGCACGAUGAACCAAUGCCCUCUGCCUCCGUGCCGGAGGAUGCCACAUUCAUGCUGGAGAUGGAAAGCAAGGAGCAUUCUCCGCAGGACUCGAAUGCCAGUACGCCACCCGGCGGAGAGUCAAAGAGACGCGGCCACAAGCGCAACGAGAGCAUCUCCGGGGAUGCCCUGAAGAACCUGGACAAGGAAGUUGCCUUGCUGGGCGAGGGCAAGGAGUCGGAGAGUGAGUCGGAUACAGAUCCGUACGAGUCGGAGUAUGCGCGCCAAUUCCGCUCGCCCAAGGAGCGGAAGAGCAAGAAAAAGAAGCAGGCAGCUGCUGAGAUGGACCACAGUGCGGAGCUGGAGAAGCGUCCGUUUACCCCGUCCCAACUGGUGGCAGAGAUAAUAGUGGAGGACGCGACCGAGGAGUUGGAGGCCGAGGCCGCCAUGAUUGAGGAGCGUCGUCCCUCACAGAAUAUGCAGGACUACUCUAAAAUACCCGACAUCAUGGUAACGGAGGAGUUAAAGUCUCCAAUUUUAGAAGAGGAGACCGACGACUUCCCCGAGAAGUCCCUGUACAAAGUUCGCACCGAGGAGGAGCUUCAUAAGGCAAGCGAUACCUCUAUGUACGAGAAGGCCAAGGCCGAAGAGAAGGAGCAGGACUUCCAGAGGCGAGUACAGGAACAGUACAGACAGAAACUGGAGGAGCUAAAGCGUGCCGAAGUCGGUGCGGAGUACGAUGAUCGCAAAGCCCCCGAUUCGCCAGACUCCUUUGAAAUGGUCGAGCAGCCGGACAUAUCGGACGAGUUCGUCAUCAUUGAGGAGGUGGCCAAGGAGGCCAACGAAGUGGAUCUCGGCGGCAAGAGCAUCAAGAUAGCCCCUAUCAAGUACGAGCAGAAACACGACUCUGACGUUGAGAAGAUCAUCAUCAAGUCGGCCCCCGCCGACCCCAAGCUGGGAUCUCAGCUGUACAAGGAUGAUCUCAACUUUGAGUUCGAGGAGAGCCCGCCCACGGGCGCCAGCAGCAGCAGCGAUCAACAGGAGGAGAGCGACUCUAGCGACACGGCGGCAGCCAACAAGCGGUGGGUGGAGAUGCAGUUGACGGACAACCAGCUGCGAUAUCCCUACGACCUCACUGGCGCCGUGUUGGAGGACAUCAAGGAGGAGGAUGGGGAGUUCGAGGUCGGCAGUAGUCGCAUCAGCAGCUUUAAGGACUCGUUCUCGAGCACACCCGAAUACGAUGUGAUGGCCGCGCGACGGUACCACUCCCGCGGCGAGCACGACGAUGUGUCCAUGAGCAGUCUGCAGGAGUUCGAGUCCCUGGAGCAGGCCAUUUCGUUGGAGAACCGCAACCGAACCCACCAGGGCUCCACGGACUCGAGCAACGGCAGCUUCACACGUCGCUACGUGGUCCGACACAGCGGAAGUGGAACUGCGCCCGGCGACGAUGUGUCUAUAUCCAGUCUAAAGGAGUUCGAGGGCCUGGAGAAUGCCUGCAUUGAAGCCCAUCUCAUUGAGAUCAAGGCCAGGGAAGAGGCUGCACUACUCUCACGAUCCGAUGAGUCGAACAAAUCGAAUGGAAGCGACAAAGGAGCCGCUGGCAAUGUUGUGGUAACCAAGGUGACCCGCACAGUUACCCGCACCGAAGUGGUGCCCUCCGGCCAAGCGGAAAACAUUGAAGCCCUGCUAAAGCAGAAGCUGGAGCUGGAGGAGGGUGACACUAAGCAGGGAUCCGCGUCGGUGAAGAUGGCCGACCUAACCGGCACUGAGUUUGAGAACAAGUCUAAGAUCGAUAGUCAGGACUCCGAAAAGGACAGCAUCGAUAGUAUGGAGAUCAGCAAGAGUCACGACAUGAUGACCAGCAGCAUUGAAAGCUUCGAUAUCUCAAAGGACGCCACCACGCGAUCCGACAUUGAUUCCCUGGAGAUUGAUAAGCGCCACUCGCGCCAGGAGAGCAUCGAGUCGUUCGGUGACGAGCAGCUCGACCUCAUGACCAAGUUUGUCAGCGGCGGAGGAGUCACACUGGGAGAUGGUCUGACGACCACCACCACAACUACCACUACUAGCACCGAUGCUGAUGGGCAUGAACACACCGUAACGCGGGUGAUAACGACCACAACGACUGUAGGCGGCGGUGUUCAGGAACUGCCUCUGGAUGAGAGCGGCAUGUCGAAGGACGUGUCCAUCGACUCCCUCAAUCUCUGCGUGGAGCUGACGACCAGCUCUGCUGGUACCACGGCGACGUAUCAGACAAGCGCAGGCAACUCGCAAAUGUCUGGAAGCAUCACGAGCUGUGCCUCCAGUACGCUAAUGGAGGACUCGUUCCCUGGUGUGGGUGCCAUGUCGUCGUCGCAAAUGUCUGCUAGUUUCUGGUCGCACGACGAGUCCACGGUGGUCGAGGAUGAGGGCGACCAAGUGAAGAAGCAGCAACAAGGCCAGUAAGGCCUGUGGCGCAGGAUGGGAGAGAGAGAAUACUCGUACAUACCUAGACGUAUAUGAAAAUGGGGCUUGAACAGAGACAUAGAAUAUUUGGCUAGACAAGGCGCACGUCUAGAGGAAACACCGAUGAAUUACUCUCUGGAAGGGCAGCAGUAGCAUCUUCACCAGCUCUGAACAUCACCGAUUUCAAAUCACAGACUUAAGACCGAAAAUCGAAAAGCAGAAUAAAUAAUUAGACAAUUUGACAUUUUCCAUCUAUACACACAUUUUUAAUGAUAUUGAACUGCAUACCCGAGUUUUUAAAUGCAAAUAUAUAUAUUUUAUAUAUUUAUAAAAACUAUAAAAUCGCGAACAUGAGUAUGAAUAUGUCAGGCACUAGCUGUUUAACGCAUUUUCUUAUUGGCUUUAAUAUUUAAAAAUUAAAUAAAAGCGAAUGCUUUGUGCUACAGCGUCGUAAUGGAUUACACCUUUGCUUUUAAUUUGAUGUAGUUAUUACGAGUAUCUAUGUAUAUGAACGAAGGAUAUUAUUAAAUGAAUCGCUUAUUAUUGUAGUUUAAUUUAAGCAAUUAUACAAGCGCAUGUGUAAACGGGGACGUAAUCAAAUAGUAGUCAAAACCUGGAAAGUGAAAUGCUUUUAAAGUCUCAUUUUUUUACAAGAACCAAGCAAAUUUUGACGCUUGCAUAUUUUAACAUUGACAUAUACCUAAAUAUACAAUUCGAGAAACCAUACAUAGAUCAAAUUUAAAUCACAUGUACGAACAAUAUAUGGAGAUUAUUCACUUGAAGCUACCACUUAAAACAGCCCACGACGUGUAUCGCUAAUUUUCGUAAUGCACAUCUUGCGUGUAUUCGUCAAAAUACCUACUUAUUGAAAGGAUUUAAACGUUUUGGCAUCACCACUGUAAUGGGAUAUAAAUAAAAUAAUAUUUGUGUUAAAAACAUACGAGAAAUAUUAAAAAAGAACAUUAUUGUAUUGUAAACCACACGCGAAUGAAUAACCAAAUAAAAUGCUUAAUAAAAA